GUGGAGGGGAGGGGCUAGAGACGGGUGAACACGCCCCAAGAUUUUAAAAAGGGACGAGGAGUAGCGUGGCCAGAUUAUGGUGCAGCCUUUCUCCACUGAGAGUGGACAUGGAGCAAACAAGUUCAUCUGUAACUCCAAACCGACAGUAAGUCUGUUUUAAUUUUAUGCUUAAGUCUGCUGGAACAAGCGCUAACGUUAGCCAAGCUAAGCUAAACUGGCUAAGCUAAGGUAGCUAAGCUAAGGUUGUUAUAGAUGCUAGCCAAGUGGUACCAGGUGCUAACCGCUCCUGUGCUCACUGAGAUGAUCCUUCAGUUCGUCACAACGUCGCCCUCAAGGCUCUUUUUGGCAAUGAUGGCCCACACUUUACUCGUGACAGGGAGGAGAGUUAGCAAACAGAUGAAAGGUGACCGGACUUGCAGGAUUUACUGACUUAAAGUAUGAAAUUGAAGUCAAAAUCAAAUGCAAAAUGUGGAUUUGGUAUCAUGAAACAUUCUUGAAUUAGUACAUUCUAUCUUAAGAAAUUUGACGGUUGACAAUCAAUAUCAUCAAUACAGUGAUUUCAUGGGUAUGAAACAAGAUUCCAGCCAUAAACGUGAGCUGUGAAUUUUAUAUUUGUAGAAAUUCCCUCUAACAGCAAGAAGCUAACUGUUGGUCCAACUAAAAGCUGGUUUAAGUUUCAGUUUUCCUCAUUUAUUAACCUCUUAAAUGUAAAAUACAUCAACCAGUGCUGAUACUCUCCUGCGCUCUAUCAUAACAGUACGUAUACCAAUGUUGCUGAUUUGUGAUAAAGGUCGAUAAAUGUUGUAAACUAUGCUGCCUAAUGCAGAGUUCACCUCUGUUUUACACACUUUUAAGGUAGAUUUGAUGAAUCCUCUGAGUUAAAAAGCUCUCGACUGGCAUUUAAUGGUGAAAAAAUGAUUCCUGAAAAACCCAAUUUUGAAACUUUCAUUGGAAAGCAUCUUACAAGUUUUCUCCCAUUGCUUAGGAGACAUAAAUAUGUCUCAUCCUCCAAGUUUUAUUGAUGUAAGUGGUCACUUCUCACCAUACCAGUGGCUAAGACAUGAUAAAGAGAGUGUCGUGAACUAGAUUAUAGUCCAUUUUCUAUAUAUGGACCACCUUAUACUCUGUUAUCCAUCUACGAGGCUCUGUCUGCCUGUGAGUCCAGGAGGAUGAAUCCACCUGAGCGCCUGUGCUCGUGUGGCAGACGUAAUGAAUGACAUCUACCCUUAGAGGAAAAUUUUAAUGUAACUCACCUGCUCUUAAUCCACUAUUUAUAGACCCUGACAAGAGAGGCCUAGUUAAGUCAAAUACCUGCCUGAAACUGCUGGAACACGACCGACUUGUCAUUUUUCGGAUGCUCUGAGGCGCUCUCGACGUUAUCAUUCGUCUGGGUGGUGAAGUUAACAAGCUAACUUUGUAAUAAGAGGUAUCAAAGCGACUGUUUUGCUUCUGACGGCUGAAAGACAACACCUGCUGAAACAUCACAGCUUGGGCUUGUGGCCAAAAGCGAAUCUCGUCUUCUAGUCUUGGACGGCCAUCAAAGAGGGACACGAAUAUUCAGUGGCUUGUAAAAUUUGUGUCAGGGAGGAUAUCUAAGAGGCAGUCAAUGUAGAGUAUACGACACAUGUAAAGUAAUGCUUGUGGACAUCUGCAUAAGUAAUUCUCUCAGCUGUCUUUAAGUGUAAAUGGUUUGAGCAAGGGAAGAGAUUUCAUGUUAUUUCCGAAGAUAGAGUUCGAACAACCUCUACUAUCACCUCAGAUUUAUAAACCUGACACUGAGUCUUCGUUAAGUCUUCGGUGGAUAUAGAAAACAACAUCGUCAAUAUAUGAGGAAAUUAAUGAGCAGUAAUCUUAGGAGUACGAGUUGGUGUAGGUUGGAGUGGAGGAGGUUGAGUACAGACCUCUCAGCACCUUUUUUUUCGAUCUGAUGCAGAGAACAAUCCACGAGUGAGCCGAGGCACACAGACUGAGCUUGAGCCUUUUCCAUCUCCCUCUUGUUUGGCUCCCGUAUCUCCUCUUUCGUCCCCCUAUCCCCUCUCUAUCUCCUGCUCUUGCUUUCCCCCUUUAUCCCCUUCUUUCUCUCUCCUCUGAUAAAUCUCACACUUGCUGCUUCCCCCCCCCCCCCCCGCCAUCUCAUCCCCUUCUUCCCCUUCUCCGGUCUUACCUGUAUCUAUCUCUGUAUGUGCCUCCUUCUUUUCUCUUCCCUUUCUUCCUCCCUUCCUUGCCUCGUCUCCGCCUGCAGGACUGUUCAGUAGAUUAAGUUUAGCAGUGGCGGCAGUGUUGCUGAUUCAGCCGUUUUCUUUCAAAUGACCCAAAUCCUCGCUCAGUAGAAACCUCGUGCACACACUGAUUGCGUUUUUCCCUCUCUGUCUGUCUUGAAGUCUUUUCAUGGGCAUGGACGUACACAAAUACACACUUCUUAUUGAUCUGAGAGUUAGCCUCUUCCUAUUUUUUGCACGGCCUUCAUUCUGCUUCUAAGCCGCUCGAGUGUGUGUUUGUGUUUGUGUUUGUGUGUUUGCUCUUUCUAUAUCAAUAUCCGUAGCGAACCUGCAGGCUUAUUUCGGGCCCAUUUUUCUUCACCGUCUUCAUUCUUCGUUGUUUCGUCUGAUCACAGUCAAGCUCUGCCGGUUCGUUCAUGAAGAUAAGUACAAGUUUUCCCCCUUCAGCCUCAAUGUCAAAGCUCCUUCGCGGAGGAUGUCUUUACAUUCGUGUCUACAAAUGAGUUUCGAAGACAGCAUGUUGAGUGUCAUCCCCAAAUUGACGCCCAGACUGCAUACGUUUUUCGCUCUCUUUGAUACUCACUUUGCUUUUGUUCUGUCAGGUACGUGGCAAUUUUAUUGACAAGACUUGAAAAGAAGUGACAAAGUAGAUCAAAAUUAGCAUACUUUAUUCUUAUGAUGUUCGACAGACGGUUUCAGGAAAGUGAGCAAAGACACUAGAUGUCACUCACACGUUCUGUUAACGAAGAGGCGGGUUUCUUUUGGUUCCUUUUUAGGCAAGUUUUCUGGUGUUUUUCUUCUUGACGAUUACAACUGUUGAAAAGUCCAGCUUUGAGGAAGACUUGGUUUUACUUAAGCCAGUCAAGUCACAUCACUAAAUUUUCAUGGCAAAGUCAAGUCUCUAGGUUUUAGCUAGAAGGAAGACAAGUAUGGCUAAUGUUUUUAUGACAGUGGGCUCAAAAAUUGGAUGAUCAUUUCAACCAAAGACGCCAACACGGCAAGAAAGUCAAAAUCUGUGAUUGGCUUUGGCGAUGCCCAAAAGAGUUUGUUGAGAAAACAGACAGAGAACAAGAACCAAAGCUAGGCUAUCAAGUAGAGUUUAAAAAAAAGAUAGCUUUUUUAAAAUAAAUUUUCUAUAUUGAUUCGUUUCAUUGAAUGAUUCGUCUAUGAUUACCCUUGGCACUGCUCUGAAAACACACUCUAAAGCAGUUGAAAGCAGAUGUGUGGCAGCAUUUGGUAGGGUGACCAUACGUCCUUUUUUACCCGGAUGUCCUCUUUCAGGGGGGCUUGUCCAGGCUUGUCCAGGGAAGCUUAUAAAAUCCUCCAAAUGUCCGGGGUUUUGUAUGGAAGUUUCGAGUUUGUGUCACUUGGACUUACAGAGUUAGAAGCGCGUAAUAGACACUCAAUCCGACCCGAAAAACUCUCUAAAUUAACUACGAUCGUGACUCUGUGACUCCGCCCCCACGUAGUCUAGCCUUUUUUGGGGAUUCAGAAUAUGGUCACCCUAGUAUUUGGGAUUUAAAAAGUACAAGGACUUGGACGAGUUGGACAAAAACAGGCUGGUCUGCAAGUAAGUCUAGAUUUUUUCUUGUUGCUAAAUUACAAAACAAUCCAAUAUAUUGACUGCUUAUUAUGAUGUCUUUUAAAGACUUUUUUUAUUGUUAUUACAUUACAUUUUUGUGGAUUUUUAGGUGAAGUGACACAGACUUGACGCCACUUGGUUCAGCAACAACAAAAAAAGAAGAAAAAAAAAGAGUGACUGCGGCAAAACUAGGUCGUGAAUUAGUAUUUGGUUGGAUAUCUGGCGGUCUGAUAAGAAAAAGAACCAUCUUUAUGUAUUAGAUUGUUAUGGAGAGAAAAACUUCAAACUCGCUGUAUUGGGAGUUUAAAAAAAAAAAAAUCUAUCGCUGCUGGCAGUCGGAGAAAAAGCAUAAGUGAUCACCAUAUAUUUGAAAGACGAGGUGAACCUCAGCUCAGGAGUUCACCUCAUACCUUAGCACUUCAUGCUCCAAAAUUCAAUUCCCGGGGGAACAUGAACAAGGUUACACAUUGAGUAACAGCGGGGUGGCGUCGUGUUGUUGAGCAGAAGUGCUGUCACACAUUUGACCCUCCAGAGCAGCCACUUGUCCUUGCCUUAAAAAAAUAAAAUAAAAUCUCAACACGAAAUCAGCACCUGCUCACUCCUGCUCAGACACUCUGAUCUGAGACUAUCGGCCUAAUCAUGUUCGAGACAUACUGCAAAUGACUGACUGUUACUUUUGUACAUGUGCAUGUAAAUUAGGAAUAAAAAGCAGGCCAGGCGUAUUUAACAACCCUUAAUGACUCUCUGAAAGGAAACAUUUUCUACUUUUUUCUCUUUUUUUGGAUAAGGAAGACACAUAAAUGUCGUUUUUCUCCCUGUGUGAUAUACUAUCUGGGAUUUAACCAAAUGUGUAGGUGUUAAAAUUGAGAGGGAUGUUUAGAAAAGAGAAAGACAGAGAGUGACAGUGAAAUAAAAAGCAGAAGGAGAGCGAAGAGGAGACAGACUGAGAGUGUGUGAAAAGUGGCGAAGGGAGCACGGUAAGCCGCAUUGAAAACACGAAACGCUCCGGCUGUCUCGAAUUCAAUCGAGCAAACAUCGCGGAACAUUCUGAGUCUUUUUGAUCAAUUAAUCUGGCAGAUGGCACGAGCGCAAUCAAGAGAGAUAAUGCCGAGCGAGCGAGCAGGAGAGAGGAGAGAAGCAGGUGGAAGGUGUGAAAGUUCGUCCUUUCAUGUGAAAGCUGAGUUUCCUGACUUUGAAACACCACAAAUGAGGAGACCGACAGAAAAGUGAAAGAGUGACAGACAGUUAAGCGAAGUUGGGGUUUUUCGAAGAAUAUGUGCACACAUACUUGUGUACGAUUCGUGUUCUUAUGUGCACUUCAGUUGUGUUUUAUAGGUUUGUGCGCCUCUUAUGAAGUAGAGCAGCAGAUUGAUGAAGGAAAAAGCAGCUGAGGAGUUUGGCAGGUUGCAGCACACAGAGCUAUCAUCCAGUAAUGGUGAAAGGCAGAGCAGAGCUAAAUUUCAGUUUUGUUUUGGUAUCAUAACAGAACUGUAUGUGUCUGUAUAUCUUCUAGGUCUCCUGUUGGUUUCAUUUUUAUGUGUCUCAGUUUUUAGUCUGGUGUUUUGUGUCCCUGUAUGGUCUUUUGUCCUUCAGUAAAGUUGAUAUUUUUGUCACUUUGUAGUGUGGUGUAACUCUCUGUAGCUUUGCAGCUGUUUUUUAAGCCUUGCCAAUCAGGGGGUUUGUACCUUUCUAUGUAGGGCUGCACGGAAUAUCAGCAAUAUGUGAAUUUGCAGUGGUCACAAUUGUCAUAUGACCUGAAAGACGUCGGGAUUGUCCAGGACUUCUAAGUUACAAACAGAGAGAAACAGACCAGACCAUUGAAUAUAAACAUGCACAUGAGUUGCAUCGUUGCUUUGGUCAAAUAUCCCCAGAAAACUCUCAAUCAAGUAACACAGAUUUAAUUGUGUUGUCCUGACCAUCCCAGUCCUUGUUAACGUCGGGGGACUGCUAAACCAAUCAGACCACAGAUUGUUUACUUUUAGCAUCUACACUUCAAGUGUGUGCAUAUCACAGUGGUGUGACAGUUAUUUGUAGAAAAGGAUGGGGAGUUUUCGUUCAAGUAGAAGAACCAUAUAAUUAUAAUUGUAUCAGAAAUAUUUUAUAAUCUAACAUCACUUUGGUAUGAAGUCCUGUAAUUUUACAUGUGGGGGUACAUAUAGUGAAAAAAACAAAUUAUCCCAAUGUUAGUGUUUUGACAUUUUUUGCCGCCCUAGUUUGUUUUCUUUGCCCUUUCUGUUGGAGUUACUUUUGGUCUUCUUCUUUGUGUCUUUGUGUUUUUUCUAUUUGUUGUCUGAUGGUGUGUCAUUGUCAAAGUGUUUUUGUGAUGUUGUUUUGAGUCUUUUCAGUUGUUUGGUUUCUCUUCUUUUGCUAUAAAGUCGCUCUGUACAGGCUUGUAUUUUGAUUUCGGUUCCCGUCCCCAAGGUUGUGCUGUGUCUCUUUGUAGUUGUUAUGCAUGUGUUUUGUUUGUUUGUAUAUUAGUUUGUCUGAGUUUUUUUUGCUUCUCCUUUUUUGUCUAUUCUUUGUUUUUCUUUGGUUUUUGUCUCUUUAUGGUUUUGUUUGUUUCUUUAUGGUCAUUUUACAUCAUGUCAUAUGUUACAGUAUAUUAUGUUAUCCACUGUUAAUAUGAUACUAGUUUCGUCAUAUCAUAACAAUACUUACCAAGGCAACAGCUGAAGUUCCAUGUGAUGUUUUCCAUGAUGCUGUCCCUGGGAUUUGUGUUUUUUUACUCUUCUUCUUCUUCACCCCCAACUUAGCUUUGUUUUGUGACCAGAACCUUUUACUUGAGUCCCUUAGUAGAUUUUUUUGUGCACUUUCUUGGUUGUUUUGUCUCUGUGUGUUAUCCUUUAGUAUCCCUCUGUUGUCUUCUUUUGAGGCACGCUUUAAUGCUUUGACCUUCUAUUGAAAGAGUAGUUGUCGUACCAAUGAGAACACACACCUUUCAUAUUCAUCUUUCAGCUAUUCACUCUUGUAGCGGGCGCCUCAGCUUGAAAGUGGAACCAAUCCGGGUCAGACCGACUCCAAGUUUACCUUAAUUUACACCCCGUGCAUAAGCAGAGACAAAAAUCAAAACAAAAACAAAGGCAAAAGGUGUUGCGGGGAUCUGGAUUAACCACAGACUGUUUUAUCUCUAAAAUAAAUUGCCUUGUAGACAAAAGAACUAAUUCACAGGGUCGGGAAAACAAGAGAAACCUGAGGAGGAGCAUUCUCACUACACGUCAGCUCCCUCUCCCGCCGACGCAGCGUCUCUAAUCGAUGAAUAUUGAGUGGCCCCCGCCACCAGCAUUUUUAAAGGGAGGGAGCACCCACCAUCUUUCAUAUCUCAUAUUGAUAUUUUUGUGCCCUAUUUUUCUUUCUCUACUCUUCCUUCCUUCAUGCUCCUGGAGCCUCAGUCAGCAGCGUCAAAAGUUUCUCAGCUCUAAUAACUGCUCUAACUUUGCAGCUGUAAUGACUGUAGGUGUUUUGCUCAGUUGAAAUUUUUUUUCCGUUGUUUUUUUUUUUUUUUUAAUAAUGGAGAGGUUGCUGAGGACAGCGUUCCUCACUGUUAGUUAUUUUGUUUCUUUUUCCCACAUGUUUGACAUUCACAGCUCACUGGCAAAACAAGCCUGAAGCACAGCGGCGUGGGCUUGUUUCUUAAGGGAGGGAAAGGAAAAAAAAAGAAAUAAGAUGUGCUCAUCAUUUCAAUUACAUGACACGCAUUGCACACAUGGGUGUGUUUUAAACACGCGCACACACUCAAGCUGAACCAGAUAGCGCAUGUACCAUUGGUUAAUAGCCCAAUUUAUUCAGAGAAUAUUACUUAUUAAUUUGCAUAAUGAUUCAGAUGAUUCAGACAUUUGUUAGAGGCGGAGUAGCAUGAUUGAUGGAAAUUUAAUUAUGACACCUCUUUGUUAUUAAGCAGUAAUCAGACUAAGCCACUUAUCUUUAGUACUUACCUUUAGCACAUAAGGGCUGGAGGAAAUUAAUGGCAGACAUUGGUCUUGAACUGAAAUAAUUUCUUCCUUAAACCUUUAUCAACCCUUUAACACGGUCAUGGAUUCAAAUUUAGCCAAAACACAAGGAUUCCCACUAAUGGAAACCUCCUUUAUGACUAUUUUUGCAUGUAAUUGUGCAUUUAGCUAACCUGAGCUUUAACCUCCCUGCGUAAGAAAUUAUGCUAAUCGAAGUAUUGAGACAGCCGAGCACCUCCAUGUCCUUUAACCUCUUGUACCAUGUCCAAGAGAGAGCUUUUGACACAAUCUGUUUAAAAAAGCAGACUCGGUCUGUUGUGUACUUUGGCUUGUUUAAGAGGCGAAAUAGACUCCCACUGAAAAACAUAAAUUGCUCUGACAAAUCACACUUGAGCCGGGGAAGCAUUUAUCUGCCAGUGUGCAGCUAAACAUGCUGCUUGUGAUAUGGAUACCACAUCAAGACUUCAAAAAUGUAAGCAACCAGAGAUUAAAUGGCAGAGUUUCACAGAUGCAGCGGCAGCAGCAGCAGCAGCUUUGAGCCUUUGAAUUGAAAGUAAUUAUGCAGUAAAAAAAAAAAAAAAAAAAAACGAUGAAAAUGUCACAUAUCUUGCUGUUUACAUUCUUUCAGGGAGUUGUUGUGAAGGAGCUGUCAUUUGCGAGGGCUAGAAAAGUGGCAGUGGUGCAGCACAAUAGGAGGAAGCUGACUUUUAUAAAGAAGAUUAAGAUGUGCUGAGAGCUUACUGUUCCUGUGUCAAGAAGGUCUCGCUGUGCCUAGCCUUCCACACUGUUCCCCUGACUAAGUCUGGUGCACAUAAAGAGAUUUUUACAGUCAACAGACGCUGAAAAUGUGAAACCUCCUGAUGACACGUAAUGGUCGAUUUAACAGUGUUGUACAUACAGUGUGUAGAGUGCAGCCAUAUGACCAACAUAGCACACCACACAUUGACAUAUUCCGUUCCCUCGUCAUCUCAAAACUCAACUUUGAAUUGAUUGCUUGGUGAGGUUUGAAGUGUUCGCUCCCUUGUACAUGGGUUUCUAUAGAUCCGAGAUUUGUCUUCAGGGUCUGCUCUGUACACAAAGUCGCCCAACAAGGACUCAACGGACUGGCAACCGGUUUUGGAAGAUGACUCACUUUUGUUGUUGGUACUGGACAUGUUGAAGCAGAGGCAUUGCUUUUCUUUCAAUGGAAGCAAAGGCACUGUGCGAAUGUAAAUAACUUACUGCAAUCAUUCUCUUGAGUUGUAAAGCUCCGUUUGAGUUACCUCAGAAGUCAGAUGUUGGAGCUGAAAAUGACGUCACACCCAAGUUACCAGCGUUUCAGUUACCAAGUCAGAACAAAGGCAAAAUCGGAGGUGGAAACAAGAUGGCUACAUCUAUGAAAGGUAUUUUAGUGCUUGCCUUGUCCUUGUUAUACUCAGAUAUAUAUUCCUUGUUCUCUGCUAAAUUUGCAUGACACUGUGUCGCCUCUUUUGCAAGAUCAGAUCGUCAGUUUUGAAAGAUCAGUGGUUUUGCAUCAGGAUGGGUUUUAUGGACAAGAGCAGAGUCCCCCUGACACUCAGAGAGCAGUUACCGUUCACCAGCACAGGGUGUGGAGUGUUUUUUUAGAAGAUGACUCACUAUUGUGAUUGGUAGUGGACAUGUUGAAACAGAGGCAUUGCUUUUCUCUCACGCAAUUGAAGAAUUGACGCCUGGCAUGCUAGAAAAUGCUGUUUUCUCAGUCACUUUUUUAUGUUUUACUCUUUAGAAUAAAAAGUGUUGAUUUCUUACACUAUCCAGCACUGGUAAAUAUGGUAAAAACCUUGGAAAUAUGAACUUUGUAGUUGAUUUCUCCAAAAGAAUAAGCAGCCAGAGCGAAUCAGCCAAGUGUGUCCAGCUCAUUGUGCCCAACACUAUAUAUAUAAGGGUGGUUUUACGCAACUCUGUGAUGCAAACGCCAUUCAGACAACUAUGUUUCCACUUCUGCAGAAUUUCAGCCAAAUUUUGCCACACCAGUGUAUGUUGUUGAGCUGAUGGUUACCAUAUUAAACAAAAGCAAAACAUCAGGCAAGGGAUUCUAUGAAUAAAGUAGCUAAAGCAUCUCCAUCCACUGCAAGUAGAAUUUUUACCAAACUAAUAAAGAGAAGCAGAGCACCACUCAGAACAAAUACAUCCAGCCACGUGCCCACUCGUACAGACAGCAGACACAAAAAGCAGAGAUGUGGUAACCAGGCAGCAGCCCUCUCUGUUCUCCCAGUAGGUUUCUACAUUAAUGCGGUCUGAGCCGAGGCAAGAGAAGAAACUGUAAAAAUCCCCUGCCAGGAAGCAAGAAUAGAUAAAUAGUGAGUUUGGAUUUGAAGGCUUCCGCAAGAAUUUGCUUCCCUAAUCACAGGAGGGAGAGUCGAUUCCUGAGAUGGAAAGCUCGGCUGGAAAACACUCUCUUGCCUGCUGAUUUUCUUCUUGUGCCAGAUAUGUAAGCUGCAGACUAAAAUCUGAGGGCACACGAGGAUACAAAAGGAACAAUGAGGUCAGAUAAAAGGUUGGUGUAAGCCCGUGUAAUAACUUCUGUGUUAACAAAAAGCACUUUAAGGCAUGUGUCGCUUGUAUUUUCAGAGUCAGCCUCCGCUACAUUAAACAAAAGUUGAAUUUUUGCAACUGUGUAAAGACUUCUUGAAUUUUUAAUAUGGCAGUGAAAUGAGAGUACUAGCUAACGUAAGGGUGGUGUAAGAGUUUGAACAUGUGACAGCACCCCGUUGGAAUAGCUUAUACACAACACUGUGCCAUUAUGUAGUGUUAUAUUCUAUUUUUACAUGAAGCUCAGUGAGGCAACUUCAAAUCGACUAGUGUUCUUUGUAGAAAGGCAGAAAAACGGAGAUAACUUCUACAUCUGGUUUUACAGAACGUCAGUCGUUGCUUUCCAGGCUUAGAUUCUUGCUUUUUGGAAAACAAAGUCAAUAAGAAAAGCUGAAAAUUGAGAGAAAUUAGCAGUGACUAUUAACUCUGUAGAAAUUUUGGGCUGCUGUAAAGUAACUAGAAAAGGUAUUUUUUGUAAGAUGACUCGCGAUUGUCAUUGGUAGUGGACGUGUUGAGGCAGAAGCAUUGCUUUUCUCUCAAUAGAAGCUAACCGUUGUACAAAUGUGAAUGACAGCUGUCCAUUCUCUCACUGGCAUGCCUUCUUUGUUGAUAAUGCCCCCUUGUGGUGAGAUGGAGUAAUAAUUUUCCAUCCUCUCAUCCAAAAAAUGUAGUUUUUUCAGUAGCUAAACACCAAACAUUGAAGCUAAAAUGCGGCAAUUUGUAGCUAAUGAUGCUAGCUCAGAAGUUUCCCCUUUUGGUAGUUGGCUAGCAAACUCAAAAGCUAUUUUUUUUGUUCAAGUUUGUCAAACUUUCAUAAUUUCUUUAUUCAUGUAAAUUUGAUAUAAAACUUUCAGACUUUUGCUCUUUGUUAGAGUAGCAGUAACAAGAUAGCAUGUAAGCUAGGAGUUGCUCAAAGCCAGCUGUUAUGACAAGCAUUCAUUUGGAGCUGUGUUUAGGUACAAAUUCAGAAAGAUGUAAUUUGUUUUUCUCCUUUUUAUGAUUUAUCACCAAGUUCAGAUAAAUUAGCUUGUCAGCAACUAUUGCUCUUUUUUUCACCAUAUAAUUGUUAACUUUGUCUGAGUAGUUACAGGUUUUAAAUGUUCAGUGAGUUUAUACUAUUUUUUUCUUCCUUUUGGUACAAUAAGGCACAUUAAUACUCCUAUGAAGAGUUUUUUGACAUUCAUAAAAGAGACUAAAAUUCAUGUUGAUGCUUUAAUAUCCAAAAGCAAAAAAAAAAAAAAACAGCAGCAACAAGACAGACGAUUUUGUAACCUGUUUUUUGCCCUGUUUCUACAUUUCUCUUUCAAAGUUCAGCAGGAUGAGAUAGGUUGUUGUAAAUCACUUUUGGAGCACAGUAGACAAGAUAAGCAGAGACUGCUUUGUCCACAGGGGGCGCCAAAAUCGACACAAACCAAAAGUUCUUCACAGGAGCUUUAAUUCAUUCAAGUUCAAGGUGUGAAUAAAAUGUAAACUAUAGCUGCUGGAGGUUUACAGCAAACACAUCCAAGUUAUGCAGAAUGAGCACUGAUCAACAUCACAGUGAAAUGGCUAAUGUUAGCUUCAGAUGUAAAGGUAAAUCUUAAAUAUAAAAUUUAUAUUUGAGCGCUGUCUGUUUUCUGAGGGCACGUUCAUUCAUUCCUGAUCCAUCUGCCCCUCAUGUUUAUUGAAUCUCCCUCUACCCUUUUUGUCUCCUUUGUCAGAUUCUUGUUUUCUCUCCUCACACACCCCAAAAGUGCAUCCCGGUGACUAAUUUUCACCGUGUUUAUUUGCGCCACGCCUUGUUUCUCUGCUCUCUGACAGCAACUGUUCCCAGUAAUCAUCCACAUGUCAGCUACCCCUCCAUUUGGCCCUAACGUUUCGCUGCAAUAAUUAUAUGUAUCAGUUUCUGGGCAGAGAAAUAACUACACAGCACUCUUCAGAAAAUCAUGACAGUGCUCCCUCCUUCCCGUAGCGGAGAGUCGGGCAGGGUUUGUGGAAGUUAACAUACAGGAAACUGCUGAUUUAUGUGCGGAGAGGGUAUCUGCUUUGUUAGUGACAGGCCUCAGAUGUGUCAGCAGUGCCACAAGUGGACAGGAGCAGGGUUCUUGUGUGACAGGGAGGAAUCUAUCCUCAGGGAUCCAGAGAUUUUUGUGACAUUUAAUCUAUUUCUAUCCUCUUUGUCUUACCAAGACUAUCUGUUUUGUUUUUACCUGUUUUUUUAAAUAAAAAACCUCACCACUGAUGAUGCUUUUUCCUGAAAUACACCCAAGUGUUUAACAAUUUCAAACAGGUUUCUUCAUUUAAUGUUUUAAUUAAGGUCAGAUAGUCUUGUGGUGUUUUAAUAUCAAAAGUGAAGCAAACUUUUACCUUCUAACUAUCAUUGUGGCCACUUAUUUUUGUAGGAGUUAUUUAACAACCCUUAAAUAUUUACCCUUAUCAACUAAUGGAAGUACUCCUAAACUCUUAAUUUGAAACAAACACAAUGUAGUUGUGCUUAAAUGAAGAGGAUAUGUGCUGACAUUACACCCUCAAACUAAUAUUUAUGCACCUCCUUGAAAAUGUAACAACACAUCGAAACGAAGCCUAAGCCUAGAACUAAAGCGCCUAGAACUAAAGCCCGCAAUUAUUUAGUUCUUGGCAAUAAUUAAAGCCUAAUCAACUCCUGCACAACCUUUAUCAGCUCCAACUCAAAUAUGAUAUCCUUGAAUUCCUGUAAGCAAACAAGAGGAAACAUAGCAGGACUGGAAACUAGUUCCACCAACCAGCGUUUUAGUCAAGUAGUGCAGAGCGAUGCAGACAGUCCAACGUAGAAGUAUGUUGUGUUCGUGAAGACGUCUGCUCCUGCAGGCGCAGGUCCGAUGAAUAUUGCUCCUUUUAAGAUAUCAUGUGGUCCAUAGCUAUUACCUCUCCACGCAGUAAAGAUGUUGACUCAUAUGCUGCGUCCCAGUUGCCUCAGAAAUCGGAUGUCGAAGCUAAGCAUGACGUUUCACCCAAGUUGGCGGCGAUGGCGUUCCAGUGAACAAGUUGGAAAAACCAAGAUGGAUGCCUACAGUUAGCCGUUGCCAGUUGUCGUUAGCUGUUGUCAGCGGUUGUUAGUUGUUGUUAGCUAUACCAGUUGUAAACAACAAAUAACACAGUAUUUUACUCUUACAAACACCAUAGCACCGUGUUCACAGUUAGACGUUGGUCAGUACAACAUAAACCACUUAUUUAAUUUCACAAAAACAAAACAGAAGUGCUGAUAAAUAAAACAUUUGGACUUUCUCUUGAGGUUGUCCGACCAAAUAAAAAUUAAAAAGACACAAAAGAUACAAACAUAGAAAAGUGAGAUCAUGAGCAUUGUCAUGCUAUGAGAAGGUUUCAGUAUCAAACUUACCCGCUAUGGUUUUCAUAAAGAGCAGAGCCGGAUAGUACAUGAUUUUUGCAGGUCAUAUAUUAACACAGUAAGGUUCCUCUUCACUAGAUUGAACGCUCAGUCUGCUGAAAAACUAAAUAUUUUUUCAAAGUUAGACUGACGUCGAUAAAGUUUAGUCUGCGUAUCCAUUUCUGAGUGAAUUCGCUUCUUUAUUCUGCGAGUUAAGACGACUCAAAGGUAGCGAGUAAAUCAGGUCAUCAGAAGAAACGUCAGUCAGUGUGGAGUGACUUCCUCCUCAUCCUUCUCCACAUGCUGUACGUUGUGACAGGAACAUUUUUCACUUCUCUUUUGAGUCAGUGAGCCCAAAUAACAGCUGCUCCAAUGUGCAGUCUCUGAUAUGAAAACAAUCAAUUUGGCUACAAUGAAAUAAAAAUAAAAGGGAAGUUUGAAGAAAAGCUAAUGCGCUGUGAUAGAUUACCCAGCUCAGGAAGUUUCAAAGCUGUGGUAGAAGCAGCAUGAAAAAGCAUCGAGCCAUUCCUUCUGAAGGAAAGAAAACAAACUCUGAUUUUCUUCCAACAAGGCUGACAGCACGAAGAAAAACUCGAAACAAAGACAACUUGAAAAGCAUCAAUAUUAUCCUUGUUAUCCUUACGCGGCAAUGCGAGUGAUUGGCACAACCGAGCAGCAGAGCAACCCUCAUUUUCACUAACCGGAGAGCUAAAAAACACGAUUUUGUCUCAUGUUGGCUCUAAUACAAAGCCAAUAAGGAUGUAUCGCACCUUGUCGUCACCCUGUGUGUCAAAAGAAAUACACGCAGGCAAAGUAUAUACAGCACACACGCAGAAUUCGAGCUCAUUUCAUGGCAGAGCAGAGGCCCAUCUGUGCGGCUCAGCCGGCUGCUGCCGAGGUGAGCAGCGGCAGGAUGGAUGGCGGAGCGAGGGGCCGAAACGUUCGCAUUGUGCUCCAUUGAAGGAGGAAUUGAUUAUGUUCACUUGGAUGGCUUCUCGCUGGAGCGCUCGUAGACGUCUGAUGGAACUGGGCGAUAGGGAUGAGCUGGCACUGAAGAGGUUUGUAAGGGGAGGAUAGAGAGGGUGCUCGAGGGACAGAUGGGUGCAGAUUGAUAGAUAGAUAUGAUUGAUGAAGUCUAAAUUAUGUCUUUCUAGUGUCUAUCUACUUACAGUACUUCGGGGUGUUUUAUUAUAGGGUCUUGUAAAACUUUUUCCCAUGAAUACUUGAGAAGUUAAGACCUGCAAACUCCACAAUCACCAAACAUUUCUUCUUUUUUCUGUUCCUAAAUGUUAACUCAGUCAACUCACUUUGGAUUAGCAUUUUUUAUACCAAAAUCAAGCCAUUAUUUAAAGCUCUUGUGGGAAGUUUUUUGACAUCUAUUACUCAGAUUUAAAUUCACACUGAUGUUUUUUUAAGACAUCCAAAAGCAACCGAGACCGUCAGAAACGUGAUUGAUGAUUUGUAUAAUGUUAAUUUUAGUGGUUGAAAUUGGGUGCUGGGAAAACUGAAAAAGUUUCCAGAAGCUUUAAUUAAAGUGAAAAUGUUGUUUUAUUGUUGUUUUUAACCCUGUUGCUACUUUCUGUAUUUACUAAUAAUUAAGAAUUAAUUAAGAAUAAAACGAAUAUUGGAAUAUAUCGGCCGGCUUCUAAAAUCUCCGAUAUCAGCGCUCCGAUACAAGCAGUCCAUUCAAGACUCCACUUUGGCACCUCUGGCUAGCAGCGCCAGGAUUCAGAAUGUAGAGUACGACACAACAGUGUGUACUAAGGAACUAACAAUGUGGCAAGGAGUGUGAGUGAUGUCACCAGUGUGGCAGUAAUUUUUGUUAAACUCUAAACUUAAACUUAAAAAAACGUUGCAACUGAGUGCAAAACUUAUCAUACACAAUUUUGUGCCAAUAUCGGAUCAAUAUCCCUAUCAGCCAACACUGAAGGCUACAAUAUCGGUAUCGUAUCGGAAGUCAAGAAGUUGUAUUGGGACACCCCAACUUAUAAUGCCUCAUUGGUUGCUCUGGCUAGAGUUACCAUGUUCCUGAUUGGCUAGCCUCUCAGACGUGGAUACAGACCCAAAGUCUUCAGGUGUGUUAUUAGCAGAUAAGUCUGUUUAACUCCGUCAAGAUCUUGGAGGUUUGAAGGUCAAUGCAUAUGAAUUCAAAUUUUACCAAUAACCAAACCAUUUAGUAUGAGCAUAUAUACCAGUAACCAGAAAUCCAACCAUAAAGAAUUCAGGUCCUAGACCAGACCUUCUCUAUGCUGCGAACUAUAACUGAUUUUAUCACGUAGCGUUCACAUAUGACACAGCCCUACUUUUUUACAUUUAUUUCAAGGAAAAUACACAUCCUAUAAUUGGAUCUAUAUGUAACUAAUCAUUUUCUUGAAACACAUUUUGAUUUACCUGCAAACGUUAAUCCUGAUAAGCCCUGUCUCUACAACAUAAACCAGGUUUUUCUCUCACUUCCUCCUCUGGCUUUUAAGGCUGAACAAACUCUUAACCGCUGACUUAAACUAUCCAGAAUUGAUCUGCUUUUUUUCCUUCAUUACACCUCACCAAGACUAUAAUUCUUAUCUGUCAUGAAAUCCAAUCUGUUUUAUUUGUCUGAAAGGUUGAAAUCAGGGGUUUAAAAUGUCAGUAAUCUUAGGAAAACAAGCCCCACUAGCUCAAAACUUAAUUUUCAGGUCUUAAACUGCACCUUUUUGUGGAAGUUUUGUAUUCAGACCUUCAUACUCUAACCUUGUGUUUUUAAGUCAGAAGAUUCAGAGCAGAAAUUGUGAAUUUAGCUGUCUAGAAACAAGCGUUUCAGUCAAGCACAGCAAUCAAACAUUAUCUCUCAAGCUGAAGGUUCUUUCUGUUCGAUUAUUUUCAAUACGCUCUCUUUCUUGAAUAAUAUUCAGAGCGUUCUCUGUCACUUAACUUUUCGCUGGUGCAUCGACCCAUUUUUCCCGACAGGGAUCAUUAAAGUUUCAUCUAAUCUUAAUAAAUUGUUGCUCCUAAUAGAAAGAUGGGAUUGUGGAUAGAAAAAUGGAGCAACUACUCACAAAACGUCUGCAGAGAAUCCUUGAACUGGAGUCAGGAAGCUCCCUUGUCUACAGGCUGUGCAUAGUGAAUGGAGAAUGGAUUUCUAUCUCUGACUUUAUCCUUUCUACUGUCUGCUUUUUGUGCCGUUUGAUUGAAGGUAGCAUAGUUUCGGGGGCUGAAAGAAAGAGACGGCUGCCGCUGUGUCACACAGACUUCUCUACUCCCAGCGCGAUCGUAGAGCGAAAGAAGAGUUUUAAUAAACAUACUGGGAGAGAUGAAGAAGGUGCAGCUCCCUUUUUUCUUCUUUUCAUUUUUACUUUUAUCCAUCUGUCAGCACCUCCUUUAACCUCAGCAUGGGCGAGAGUCUGCUCUAACAAGAAAAAAUACCAUUUCUUAGAAAUGCCACACAUGCUGUACUAUCAAAAACUAUCUAUCAACUUUUUCUGUUUUUUACAAUCUCUGCUAAAAAAAAAAAAAAAAUGUUUCCAAAAUGGGUUAUCUGUAUUUCAGCCAGUGCGACUUUAACAACCUCCUGAUGAAGGAGACUUAUCUGUCUCUGACAAGGCUCUAACGACUGUGUGGACACCUGUCUGACAGUCUAUGUCCAGAGGAGCAGGGCUGAAUGUGAGGCUUAGAAGAGGACAAAGAGGGUCAGCGCGCGUGACAAAAAGCAAUGGAGCAGAGCCUGUCUGCUGACAAUGGAGAGAAGAGCCUGUAGACACCUGUGGGAUCAUCACCUCUCUUCAUGGUUUUUCUCCACGUUAGUUUGAUUUUUAACAUCUGCACCGAUGUUACUGCAAAUCCUCAACAAGCCACAGAGCCGUGCGUGACGCUAUACCAUCAAUCUAGAUUACGACUUGCACUAUCGGGGUGUCUUGUCCUGUGUAACAGUUUCCACAGAGUCCACAAUGUGCAGUUUCCGUGCAGCUGUGAAGCCAUUUCUCUUAGCAGCUAUUUGAGGUACUGAGCUAAGCUUUUAGUUACUUUAACAGAUGUGAGGUACAGACCUAUUGACGAUAAUUCUCAAUCAAAACAGUUUAUUUACUAAAAAGUAUUCCACCAUUUUCUGUAAGUGUACGAUUUUGACUGAACAAGAGAGAAAAGUUAACGAAAGUCAUGCGGCCAGGCUUCAGUUUCAUCUUUUUUCCGUCUUUUCCUCAUCUAUUAAGGUUUUGUCUACUACCUGGUUUCCUAGCAACGCAUCCAUGCUAUUCAACUUGUUCAUUAAUGCUGCGUUCCAGUUGUACUCGGAGGUCAGAAUUUCCAAGCGUCGUCAAAAAUUUAUCUGGAACGCCCCCAUAAAGUUGGAUUUCCAACUCAGAAAGUCAGACAAUCUUAACCAACCCGGACUUGACGACAACGUCAUAAUCCAAGAUGGCAGCACAGUGCAUCGACAGUAAAGAGGAACAGUGAAAGCUCUUGUAAUGUUUUAUUUAUUAGCACUUCUGUUUUGUUUUUGUGAAAUUUAAAAAAGUGGUGUAUGUAAGAGUAAAAUACUGUGUUAUGCGUUGUUUACAACUGGUAUAGCUAACAACACCCAACGACCGCUAACAACAACUGACAAUGGCUAACGACAGCUGACAAUUGUAAACAACAGCUAACAACGGCUAUCAGUAGGCGUCCAUCUUGGUUUUCCGACUUGUUUACUGGAACGCCGUCAACUCAGGUGUAGCGUCAUUCCCAGCUCCGACUUUCGAGGUAAGUGGAACGCAGCAAAAAGCCUUGCGUUUGGUACAUUAGUCCAACAGUGAGAUGUUUUGCUCUUCUAAAAUUGGAGGAAACAUCAUCACGACUCUGGAGGUGUAUCCUCGUAAAAUAAUAAAAACUCAUAAACAAACGAAGACGUGAAUCUGCAUCUUAAAAAACCCUGCUGGCAGAGCUCUGUGAAGGUGUUUCUCUCCACUUGAUUCAUGUCACCUGUCUCAGCCUGAAGCGCUGAAAAAACAGGAGAUGACAAGGUCUACAGACGCUGUUAUUUGCUGAUCCAGGGAGCAAAUGUAAUAAAGCUGAUAAUUUUCUGGAGACUUUGCACAGCUCAGUGCUUGGAAACAGAGCUGAAACAACACGGUUCACGUGUGUGUGUGUGUGUGUGUCUCGCAGCCUCAGCUUUAUUGCUUCUUUGUCUUUGAUCGCAGUAUAACAAAUAUACACUUUCUAUGUGCUCUGUGUAUUUGAGAUUUAAUUCAAGAGUAUCUUUAUUCUGAGCUUCCAAUUCAAACAAGAGCUGGAAGUAAUAAAGGCAGAGGACCCGGACAACUUCAGCCUGCUGCAGGUCGUGGUGUUGAGAAGUCAUUUCUGUCAGAGGAGGUAGCUGGACAGUUAUUUUAUUUAUUUAGCUUUGAAGCUUCCCGAAAAUUGGUGUCCAUUUUUCUAAACAGCGGGUUCUAUGUCAAUAUGAUAAAUUUGAAAUGAUGUUAAAGAGCGAGUUGACUGAUUAACCACAGACUAUCUGACCUCCUUACCUUCACUUUGACUGCGCUCUCCUGGUUUCAGUCCAAUCUUUCAAAUUGAAAACAGUCUGUCACCUUCACAAACUCCCACUCCCCCUCACCGGUCCCAGUCAACCGUGGUGUUCCUCAAGGCUCUGUCCUUGGACCUCUCUCCUUUAUUAUCUACCUGCUCUCUUUAGGACAGACUAUUCCCUAACACAAUCUCAAAUUCCACUCUUUCGAUGACACAAAACCAUUCACUACACUCCACCCCCUUCACAUAAAACUCAACAACAAUCAAACUGAGCUCACGGUUGUGGCCCCAGGGCAUCUUCUUUAGGGGUAUAGAUUUGUGCACCAUCCACCCAUCCUCCAAGGUCUGCACUAGGGCCGGAUGAUAUGGCCUCAAAUCAAUAUCACGAUAUAUAUUGAACAGUUCACCUCGAUAACGAUAAAUGGACGAUAACUACUCCACAAGCUGUUCACCCCUUCCCACAUAAACUUCGUCUACUUCAGCCGCCACUCACACUUUUGGACCGUCCUCCAUCUCCUCACCUUUCUUUCCCUCUUUGUUAUGGACUGGAUGAGGUGGAGUCAAGUCUCUGAUGUAGGACAGCAUCUUAAAGAGACAUGAGACCAUAGCCUACCUACACUCAUCCAGAACCAACUUUUAUGGAUAUCUUUUUUUGACACCGAAUAUAUUGACAUGACUUCGCUAUUGUCGUAAAUUUCAGUAUCAGUAAAUUUUUGAUUUAUCGCCCAAAUGCACCUUGGUGUCAUCAUGGACUCAACCCUCUCUUCUUUCACGUCAAGUUGAGCCUCCUUUCUUGUGUUUCUUUAUUACCCAUCACCUUUCAUCAUUUAUAUUGUCUAUAACUCUAUUUUCCCUUUUUCCCAAAGUAUAUUGAAGAUGAUUUGCAUACUGGUAAAAAGCACAAUAUCAAUGUCGACACACGGAGCAGCUCUGACUGCAAAUAUUCACACACAGUAUAAAAGCAGCUGUAAAUAGAGUCCCUCUUUCUGCAGCACAUGUAUGAUCUGUUGUCUGUCUACUGUAUGUCUAUUUCCCUUCCCACACACACUUUUCUUUUCCUCCUGAGCCAGAGAGAGAGAAACCCAGCCCUCCUGAGUAAAUUCUUGUUGUCAGGUGUAAGCUGGCUGUAAUAAAUCCAGCCGGUCCAUGCUUGGGUGGGAGGAAAAGGGGAGCCAGGAGGUAAUUUGUGGCCAAAAAAUGGGACAUUUUUCCCAGCCGCUCAUAAACCAAGAUGCCCAGCACUGGCACACUAAUCCGUGGACCGCCGAACUCUCCUCUCGCCCAGCCGACGGGUUGACAUCGCCUUCGAUCAUGUGUAAACCAUUGCGAAAGCAAGCGCCGUCAUUUAUUUCCCAUGAUCCCGUGGGAGGCUGGAGGAAGGGAGGGCAGAGAUGCAAAGGCGGGAUCACGCAGAAUAUUAUGACCUUCUUCUCACACCUCGUCUUUCUUCUGUGUUUGAAAGGUGAACGGGGGCACGCACAGGUUUAUGUUGUGUGUUUUUGUGAGUGUGUGUGUGUGUACGUGUGACAGAAAAGCUUUCAUUAUGGGCAGUGUGUGGGAGGGAUGUCAGGUGAGAAGGCAGGCUGGGAUGUUUUUCCUCGUGUAUUCUGAACCCAUUCACAAACAACCGAAUAUUUAAGUCAAAGCAGCUGAAAUGAACGCCUUCAAAAUAAGAGUCUCUUUAAAAACACGCCCUUGAUCCUCUUUAGAGAAGAUUCACUUUCAUACAAACACUCACAGAAAGAGUAAUGCAAACCAAGUGAAAUAAUGACAAUAACAAGAGAUAGUACACAACACUGUUUACAGAGGGCCUGAUCUACUAAAGGUUUGGGUGUGCAAAAACACGUGCAAACUUAAUAGCGCACGCAAUCCUGAUCUACUAACCGGGUGCACCGAGGUUUGCGUCUGUCAAAUGAGCAAAACAGCGCACGCAAUCGAUUUAGCAUGUUUGUCUUCAUGAAUCUUCAGAUCAUCUGAACGCACAAAAUUCUGGGAGGAGCAGAUGCAAAUGGAAUAACUUAGCACCCGCAAUGUGAUUUAUCAAACAUGGAAACUGAUUGCGAUCGCUGUUUUGCAUCUGUAUUUAGCACCUUUGAAAGCAACGUGCAUACUGGAUCAACGUUACGCACAGUCAUUGUGGGGAGAAGGAGGCAGAAGUGCCAUGAUGCACGCCAAGAUACUUGUCCAAAAAUGGGUGAAUGACAAUUUUUGUAAAUAAUAAGGUCAAACACGGAAAAGACGAAAAAAAUCAUCUGUUUGUCUUAUUGAUUUUAAAUCGUUUUAAUCGCUUAUUCGAUUUCAAGUAUAUCUUCUUGCAUCUGUAAAGCACUUUGAAUUAUCUUGUGUAUGAAUUGUAUUAUACAAAUAAACUUGCCUUGCCUUUUAUGCGGUUCCCCAAAACUAUAUGUACAACUCCAUGACUUCAAACACUCUGCUCUCACAAACUCUCUAUGGGAACGGCAACACAAAAUCCUCACUUAAAGUGGGCGGUCCGCACCACUUUUGCACCUGUUAUCAAUUGCGCACUCAAUGAUAGUAGAUCAGGCCCUUAGAUACUUUAAGUAGGUUUUCAAAGCAGCGAUGUGUAGUAUUAGGUAAUACAGCACAGGUUAGAAAAGACACACCACAUUAUUCGCAUGACUUAUUGUUAUAUAAGAUCAUAAAUAAGCAUAUUAAUAUAUAUUAUUUGCACAGUAUUUGAUUAAACAUCAUAGACGUUAGGUAAUCAGAGUGUUAUUAUAACUAUUUCCUUACCUUUACUUUACAAAUUUCUCCUUGGGGAUAAAUGAAGUUCUCCUUAUCUUAUCUCACUGGCUGCAGAUUUAGGGUGACUGUCAAAACUCUUAUAUUCAUAUGAAGUUGUUGACGUUGCAGGUUGCAAAGUCUGUCGUUUUGGAUUACUCCAGCGAGAUCACAUCUUUGUUUUUAUACUCUGAAUGACUCGUGACCUAAUAAGAGAGUGCACUCAGUGAUUCUGUGUCUGAGUGAAAGCAUGCGCACAUGCAGAGUUAGCAUGUUUAUGUAUGCAUGCUGCAUCUGCACCAAAGUUAAAGGCUACGAAUACAAACAUCCUGUGCAGAGGUUCUUUGUAUGUAGACAUAUGCACCUCUUUGGUCACUGCUAUUACCACCUAAUAGCUUGCUGGCUGUGGAUUUAUAGUCAUGUGCUCCUCUGUCUGUGCAGCCUGUCCCUUCAUGGAUCAAUGCAUCAAAGCCUGCUGCUUUGAAUACCAAACAAGGCUUUGGCUUGCACCUCCAGCGCCGCUGUGCCGAGCAGAUUGCACAUGGUCACUCUCGCACAGAAAUGCCUUCUUCCUCAGCCCCCCCUGAGCAGCCCGAGAAGCACUGUGGUGCUGUUUAAUAGCAGCCCCAGCCGUCCUCUCCUGGCGCAGCAAGCAGCAGCGCUUCCCGCGCUCCCACAUGCAAAAUUUAUGACUGCAGCGAAAAACACAAAAGAAGAAGAGCGGGGAUCCAGUUCUGUCUCGCAGAGCAGAUAUAGGUUUUCAAAUCCCACACUCCUAUACCCCGAGACAUCGUACAGCUGUGUCACAGAGGCGGGAGGAGAGAGAGGGAAAAGAUUAAAGUGUGCCUGUCUAGCACGAGUCUAUUUUCAUCCCACUCUACAGAGUAUGAGAGUUUCUUUCUUAUUACAGUUAGAGGAGAGAGCUCACUCCUGAGCACAACUGGGCUGCCUGUGAAACCCCAAAAGGCUGCGGGAUUGUGGUACCUGUGGGUACAGGGGGGGAGGUGGGGCCUUUUUUUUCUGAAGCUGCAUGUUCUUCGCAUGGAGGAAAUCUGAAUAUUACCUCCUCUUCUUUUUUUUUUAAUCCUGCAUUCACAUCAUCAGCACACAAAGACUUAAUGUUAAGAAGCAUGAAAGAAACACAGAAACGACGACUUCACAAGGAAAACCUCUGAUUUCAAACAACAAUCAGAGGUUUUAGGGUAAAAGACGAACAAACGCGGAGGACGAUCAAAGUCCUCCAUCCUGGCGUGUGAGAGAGGGCGGCUUAUACACCACCUGGCGAGGAGCAGAUUUGUGUUAAUGUUGCUGAGGUCCUGUCAGGAGCAGGAAUACAGUGGUAUUGACACCAAACGCUUGAGGAUUAGUUAGACAAAUUAUAAGUUACGAUAAAGCGUAACUCAGGCCCAAUCUGCUCCUCUAACCUAUAAUUGAAGAUGCCGAAUUGGUCUUCGAAAACAUAAACUUUAAACAAUUUAAAAGAACUUUAAACUUUAUAGUCACAGUGCGGUCUGACAGAUGUUCAGGAAUUUUCCUUUAUGAUGCAUUUACAUAUGAAAAUAUAUCUGGCUAUCGUCACAAUAAAAACAGACCAUCAGAAACUGUGUUUGUCGUAGCCAUUCAGAAACUUUGAUGGUUUAUUAUGAGCAUUCAACAUUGAUUUAAAGGAAGGGUAGGCAGGAUCUGAGGAAGUGCCAGUUUGGGGGAGAAAUCUUGGAUGUAAACUUUACCCCUCCCAAUGAGUUUUCUCCUUAGCUCCUCCUCUGCUCCAGCAAGCCCUACCCACAAAUGGACGCUUCUGCUCGCUCGUAUCGUUCCAAUUAAAUUCUGAUAUAAUGCAGAUAAAUACUUCAGAUAAUCACAAAUGGGGCCCAGUCGACGUGAAAGUAAAAAGCAUUGGUGCUACUGUAGAUGCCAACAGACGACCAGCAAACACAAUGUUUGCAGGACUUCUACAACUAGCAUAAAGUGACAAAGUCCAGGACCCGAGGUAAACAGUUUAGCGGCGCUACAAGAAACACUUCUGUUACAGACACUUGGCUUACUUUGUUAAAGUGGUUUACCUGUCCAGUCUACCUCCGUUUUAAGCGCCCGUUAUUCCUCCAGAGUCUCCGGUAUUUAGUUCGUUUUGUUGCUUGUGUUGUCAGUCAUGGCUAAAGGAGGAUUCAGACAGUUUUCUGUACUUUCUGGUUGGUUUCUACUGUCCGAUAUUGUAGCACGCUAACUUUGUUUGGGCUCCUGAACGACACUGGGGAGAAGCGUCUACCUCACAACCAAUCAGGAUAGGGGAGGCGGGGAAUGGCUUUGUUUACAGUCAGAAAGAGCGAAAUUCUGAAAUUUAAAAUGUUGACUACACAGGCAUAACAAAACACAGCGAUAUCAUAAUAUUCCCAAAUGUCAUCAAUAACUAAUAGCUAUUGACUGAUAUUAAAAGUUUUUUUGUUUAUACACCACCAAAAAAGAUGCCUCUUGAACGGAUUCCUGCCUACCCCACCUUUAAAGACCAUGACCUGACUUUACUCAAAUUUAACUACUUCAUAGGACCCUCAAGACUUGAUAAGCUCAAACGUUCUUGAAAAAGCUAAAUCAAGUAUUAAACGGACGCCAUCAUCCCUCCCUUGGUCUCCACCAGCAGUUGAGACCCCCUGAAUCCCCUGUUAUUCAUCAAAUAAAAACAAACUGCACUUACAUCAUCCACUGGACAUGUUUGCUGAGGUGCAAACAUGAUCUAAUGCUAAUCUUCUCUAUAUCACACCCUGCAUGGCUCUUAUUGGCUCAGUCGCACUUCCACAUGCAGCUGUUACAAAUGCCCUCUGGAGAAGGGAAAUGAACGGGUCCAGACUCAUUCGCCAAGGUGGUCUGGUCUGGCGACCCAGGGCUAUAAAAAAGUAAUAGCCGUGCAAUAAAAAAAAAUUACCAUCACUAAUAUACACAUUUAGUGUAUUAAAUAUUUCAUUGUACGUUAAACACAAACAUAUAAAAAGAAAUGCCGGUUUAAAUCUGGGUGUAAAUCCUCUGGGCUCUUAUCUUAUGAGCUGCAGGCUCCAUCUCGCCGUUAUUACAUGCAUGAACACACAACCGCAAACAGGAAGACCUGUCCUUUCUCCAAGUUUUUCCCCAAAUCUAUUAAUUACCGUCAUCUGUGACGUUCCCUCUUCUGCUUUAAAUGCAUCCACACACAAAAAAAAACAUCUUCAUAGUUUUUGGCAGGCUCCCUAAAAUGUCCAUUAAUCUUAAUUCCAGAGUUAUUCGAGUCUCGCUUUCCCUCUCCGAGUGAUAGUUCGCAUUUCCACUGGCGGGGAAAAUAGCUUUUUAAGAUUGCCAUGAUGUGGCAACAAAUCACAUUGUGACAUCACAGAAAAGGGGUCAAAAUCAAUCAGCCGCCCAGUGGCCUUUGACAUUCAAUAAACGUCAGCUGGUAUUUAUAUGCGUCCCUUUAACCGCUGGCUAAAAUAACAGGCCGCAGAUGACAAAAUAUGAUAACAAUUAGACAGAGCGGCGGCGUGAAGGCCCCUCACAUCUGCAUGGAUCACUGGCUGAAUCACAGGCAUGGUGGGAAAUAGAAAGAAACAGAGCGCAGACAGCGAGGAAGAGGAGGGAGAUGGAGAGAGAGAGAGAGGAAUCAUCACGUUAAUGUGGUCAUUUACCAGAAAGCAUCGCUCGGCCCACACAAACCCAAAUGCCACCAUCUAAAUCCAGCCUUAAUUAGGCCCCGCGCUGAACGGAGCAGACAGGAGGCUGAGGGGACUAACAAUAUCGGUUGUUUACAAUAACAUCAAGCGCCUUGUUAUGGCGAAUGUGUGACAGGGUGAUAAGGUCACACAUGGGACUCCAUUAUAGCAAAGUAGAUUCAGCUUUAUCUGGUAGAAUUGAUCCCGCCAACCUUCAGCUUGUCUGUAUUUUUUCCACAAGGGGAAGCUUAAAGGUGUUUCGUAAAUCCUCAUUUAAAAUCCAUUGUCAAUUCGCGAAUCGAUGCCGCGUCGCUUAUUGGAAGACAGCUUCGUAUAAGGGAAGAAAUAUGACGAGAACUCUCAUAAGCUCGGUUUGGUUAAGGAGUCUGCAUCAAGAUAUCGUGCAUAAUUCAUGUCCCAGUUAGUGGGAACUGCAACGACAUUAAAGACAACAGCUAGUACACUGUGUAUGUGCCGGUAGCAGAUAAUGGCCGGUGUCCGGUCUGUCUGACUCCAUUCAUAUUCAGUUUUGCACACACGCCCUUCCACAGGUGCAGAAAUAACAACCCCAUGAAUGUCUUAAUGGGCAUUUUCAGCGCUCUCUGCCUGCUCUUCUUCCCCCUCGCUUUUGAUUGAUUGUUUUAAUUUAAAAAUAACCCCAGUUAUCUAUUUAUUUUUGGCUUAUUUAUUUCACUGAAAGGGCUGCUGCCAGGUCGCCCAAUUCCAAUUUCCAGAGUUGCUCGCCACCAAAAAAUGCAGAAUGAGUCUAAUAAUGGCCUUUCGCUCUAUCAGACUCACCCCUCCCUCUCCUGACAUUCUUUUUUUUUUUUUUUUAUACCUUUGGCUUCUGCAGCCAGUCAGUCAUUGUAUUCUUCAGAGCGAGGAGAUAGGUCAAAUAGACAGACGUUUGGCAUUUCAUGUGAAGAAAUGUGCUGAAGUCCAAAGAUUAAGUUGGCCAUUCAACUGUCUACAUUUGGAUGGAGGAAUGUAUUCAGCUGUACAAAUGCAAGGUAUCAGGUCACUGCUUCUCCCAGGUUUUUUUAAUAGGAAUGUAUAAUGUGGACAAACCUAAAAUUUGACAUUAAAGCAGCUCAAAUCAGAAAGUUCAGCUUCAGAUUCAGCUCACUCCUCGUCCAUAUUCAGGCUUUUAAACACAGCUCCUAGAGUCACACACAGAGGCACAGUGUACUAUUUAUCAUCUGAUGCUUUCAACAAAUAGAGCUCAGAGCAGCAGCUUUGGAUGGCGUGGCGGUUGAAGUUAGCUCCCGUUGGCGGCCAGAUGCAAAACGGAUUUAAAAAACAAGAAUAGCUUUUCACACAUAAGAGCCAAAAGUCAGUGUAUGUCCUUCAAAAAUUUAACCGUGCAACUCCAUUCAAAUGAGCUUGUUAGAGCCCAAUAUUUAACAAUGAUCUAAUAUGUAAUGAUGACCCAAGAUGUAACUAUGACCUGAUGUGUAACAAUGACCCGAAAUGUAACAGUGGCCCAAAGUGUGGGAAUGACUUGAAAUGUAACAAUGACGAUAAAUGUUAGUAUAAACUGAAAUGUAACAUUGACCCACAAUGUAACAAUGACCCGAAAUGUAACAUCGAUCCAAUAUUUAACAGUAACCGGAAGUGUGGCAAUGACUUGGUAUGUAACAAUGACCUGAUAUGUAACAAUGACCACAAAUGUAACAACAAUCCGAAAUGUAACAAUGACCUGAUAUGUAACAAUGACCACAAAUGUAACAACGAUUCCGAUAUUUAACAAUGACCCGAAAUGUAACAAUGACCUAAUAUGAAACAAUUACCCGAAAUGUAACAUCGAUCCAAUAUGUAACAGUAACCAGAAGUGUAGCAAUGACUUGGAAUGUAACAGUGACCUGAUAUGUAACAAUGACCCCAAAUGUAACAACAAUCCGAAAUGUAACAAUGACCAGAACUUUAACAACAAUCCGAAAUGUAACAAUGACCAGAACUUUAACGACGAUCCAAAAUGUAACAAUGACCCAAAGUGUGCCAAUGACCCGAAAUGUAACAAUGACCCGAAAUGUAACAUGACCAGAAAUGUAGCUCUUUCCUGAAAUGUAUCAGUGUCCCAAGAUGUAACAAUGACCCGAAAUGUAACAACCCUCUGAUUUGUUACAUUUACCGUGUGUAAAGUGUGAUAAUGACUUGAAGUGUAACUGUGACCCGAAAUGUAUCAAUGAGCCAAAAUAUAACAAUGACCCGAUAUGUAACAAUGAGCCAAAAUGUAAUAAUUAGUUGUUAAUGUAGCAAGAUGCUGAGCCCAACGUAAUUACUCUUCCCCAAAAUGUAGCAACUUGUUACAUUUUGAGUCAGUUGCAUUUUGGGUUUUAUUACAUUUUUUUGUAACAUUUUAGGCUUAACACUUUGUUACAUUAUUGACAAAUUAUCACAUUUCAAGCUUUUUUACAUCUAUUCUUUUAACAUUUCAGGUCAUUGUUACAUUUCAGGUCAUUGAUACAUAUCGGGCUCUAACAAAGCUAUUUACGUAUAGCACUGAAGCUCAACAAAUUUUGCAGCUAACCGGUUAUAAACGCUAAGAAUUUAGCUGAACUUUGCUAAAGCUGUUUGUUUAGCUUCUGCUGCCUUUGUGUGGGUUUAAGAAAAGUUAUCAAAGCGCAUUUCACCUGGAUUUUGACGGUUCGUUCACCUAAAUCUCUGCAGCUCUCUUGGCAUGAAAUCUUUUCUAAUAAGUUUGGUCAUAAACUGGUUUUCUCAAUUUGUACAAAUUCAUAAAGCCGUGACAUUUAAAUCUGUUUCAAAGCACUUCUUACCGUCUUGCAGCGUUAUAUAUAAUCUACUGUAUGUGGAAAGCUGUACCUCUGAUUUUUCCCUGCCCUGCAAUUAUUACCACCCGGCCAGCUAAAUAGUCUCAGGGACCUUAAGAAAUGUAAUUUCCAGGAGACGCCCCAAGAGUCCCAGCUAGCUUGUGGGAAUUGGUAAACACAGAGAACAAGCUGAGUCCCCUGAGGCCCUGCAGUGCCUAAGAGAAAGGGUAAGUGAGUGUGGAUAACACCGCUAUCAAACACUGAGGCAGCACGGCAGGCCAGAAAGGGACUUAAACUCAUUACAGUUUGGGAAGGCUGGGCCCACAUGGCGGGUUAUAGUUAUCCACUUAUCGCUGAGAAAAUUUCACAUUGGGUGCUUUCAGCGUUAACUGUAAUCCUGCAGUAUAUUAGGGGCACUGCUUUAAACCUCACAGAGCUUGUAUUAGAUUGUGACGUUGUUUAUCGAGGCUGGAGAGUCAAAUGAAAAACAAGAAUUAGUUUCAGAGUACACGGUGCAUUUCCAGUUAAGCUGUGAUACUUCAUUUAUUUUAUCUAUCAAAUCCAUUUAUCUCUUUAAUAACAGAUGCAGAUGAAGGGGAGAAGAUUAAAGGACAUCUCAGUCUAAAAAGCAGGGGUGUUUAAGCCUUGAGCCAAUAAGGGUGUAUUAAAGGGUGCGAGUCAAUAUCACAGAGGUGAUUUUAUGUUGUGUGUACGGUGUGUAUGUUUCCUCUCGCCCAAUGAUUUUCAAUUUCCCCAGGUUCAAAGAUCACAAAAUAAGAUUUGAAACCAAUUUACAGAGUUUCCACCUGUUCUUUUACAAAAUAGGUCAGAGGCACUGUGCGAGGCAAAUGAAAGUAAUCUGAAAUCCUUUAUUAAAGCAGAAAUAUAUGGGCUAAUUGGCAACUUAAAAAGACUGCAGAGGUGCUUGCAUUUUAAUGAACGUACAGAAUACUAAUUCAAUGCUAAUUAGAGAUGAAGAAAGUUAAACCUCGCUCUGAUCAGUUAGAUGCUUUAUAUCCUAGACAUCACAGCUGCAAAAUUUAGUCUUACAAGGUCAGCUGGAGCUACAUUCAGCAUGUUGUCUGAGAAAAAAGGCAAAGGAUUCAUAGUCAGUAAUUCUCAUUAUAACAUCAGACAACAUAAAUAAUAUGAAUCAAAGUCUAAGAGAAGGAAUUUAAUCAAAAUGUCACAUUUGAUGCACCUUUUUCAUCCAUGAAUUGCCUGUAUCCUAAAUACAUCAGGAUACAUGCCAGCAGAGAAAAAGAUUGUAUAAAUAGUUGUAUAAGUUCUGCAUGUUCCUGCAUGUGCAAAUGUGCAGUCCUGUUCACAAUAUUUUUUUGUAGGACGGUAGGGGAAAGUCCCGCCUCCUUUGCCUCUGAUUGGCUAGAAAAGCUGGAAACGUCAUCACACAGUCAAGCCAAAGGCGGGCUGUCGGGCCUGUUCAUUGAACAGAACGCACUUCUGAAUCACCUAACCCUAACCCUAGCCGACAGACAAUGACGUUUCACAGCCAUCAAGAAUAACCAAUCGGAGCCCAGCACUUCUAGCCAAUCAGAGGUGAAGGAGGACGGGACUUCCCCCUACCAUCCCACAAAAAAAAAAAAAAAAUUCACAUCCUGUUCAAAUGAAAGUAUGAAAUCUUCAGUAGUGGAGGCAGCCAUCUUGGUUGUUUACAAAAACAUUGAAUCAUUACGCCUGUUUCUCAUUUUUGAUUUGAGGAUAGGUACACUGGUAAGAGAGCUAGCCACAAUGGAUGCCCUUUCAGUAAGAUACUGUUGGCAUGAUUUAGCUUAAUUUUGAAAGACUCUGACCCUUCCAGCGCUUAGGACUUCGUUGAAUGUAAUGUAAAUAGUCACAUGUUCAUAAAUCGUCAGUGUUUAAAGUUAGCUACAAAUCAGAAACUAUCAACGUUCUGCUCUUAAAAUCCCGUGGGACAAACCUCUGCUUCGUAAGAUUUUAUGUGAUCUACAGAUUCUUGCUCACACAUGAUAAACUCACAUGACAACAGGCGAGCAGGACAGCAAAGGUCACAGGAUGGAUUUUAUUUGUAAGCUGAUCAGUGUAUGUAAUGCGCAUGUUAACCUUUGGUAACACCCUUGAAAUGUCAGUAAUAUUUAGACUUCAAUGAGAUUCAGCAUCAACUGUAAUAUCACGGUGGAGAAACCCGAGAUUAUCAUUAAUGUUAUUUAAAGUCCAGUUCUAGUCAGACAAUCUAUAACAACAAAUAACACGUUUUUUUGGACAUCAAGUAAACGUACAAAUCCUCAAACUCUUCCUGUAAAAGUCAGAAGGACAAAAAUACUGAAUAAGUUCCUCCCCUGUCCCCUGUGGCAAUUCCACCCUCACGGACGUACAGUAUGCUUACACUGACACCGAACAAAUGUAACUCAGAACCCUUGGGUCUCAGCUCAUGCAUUUAUUUCUUCUGCGACCAUUUCCUUAGAGUUUUAACUCGCUGCCGCACCUCAAAUGAGAUCCCUGCGGCCGUGUGUUUGAAAUGAACAAGACAAUGAGACCGGCGAGCGAAGGAGAGAGGGGGAAAUAAAAAUAACAGAUCUCAGCAUUUCUCACCCUUUUAAUAAACAUUGUCGGACAACCAGAGGCCGUCUCAUAACCGAAAGGUCAUGUUUGUGAACCUUCCUUCCUCCCCAGAAACGUGAUCCUAAUUACUCUGUGUGGAGAUCGCUGAUUGAAUAGUUGGGGUCCAGCGUCCCGCACUCACUGUGUGCUCCAAAUAAACUUCAAAGUAGGUCACCUGAGCCGGGUUGCUUCCCUCUGGACGCCAGCGCAAGAAGGCAAAUUGUUCCUCGGAGGUUUUAAAAACAAAACAAUCGGAGUUAAAUAAGUUUAAAAUGUAUAAUUCUUUGUGUGUUUAGACAAGUGUAGCAUCUUCAGAAUCACCAUUUUCUCCUGUAAACCCCCUCAGAUGUAAUGUAGAGCAGUAUAGGGCUGUGCGAUAAAUCAAUAAAACCGGUGAAUUUGCGUUGCGGUUUGUAAGAUUUGCAAAAAUGAAAAUCUGGAUUUUUUUUUUAAUUCUUUUUUCUGCUGCCCCGGCUUCAUUAGUUUAAGGUGAGAAAGAAAAAAUUGAUCAAAUCACAAAUCAAAUACUUACAAUAACUCAGAGAUUUUAGCUAAUAUCGCCCAGCCUUUGAGCAACACUUAGCUAAGCUCACUCCACUUUCAAACAAUGGGGUCCGUGUAUUAUCCAUCCAUUAUUCCAUUUAAUCUCGCAAACGAAAAACAAAAAAACGAGUCAAUAUUUUGUUUAUUUUUCAGUAUAACAAAAAAAUAAAAGAUUAGUGUUUGUUUUCGUGUUUUCAGUUCAAACAGAGUAUAUAAAAGAGAAGGAAACAAAAACAAAAUAAGAAAUCUACUUUUUUGGGGGGGUUAUUGAUGUCCCCAUUUCCCACGGUGUGUUGCUACUGUUCGCACAUGCGCAACAAAGUAGCCAACAACGUGGACCAAAACCUCCAGGCCAGAGCGGUAGAGAAAGGCUAACCUGUUGUCAUGGAAAUAGACGCAUCCUACGUAUUAUUCAAAGCCGCCAGGAGGGUCACGCUGAAGGAGGAAGAUAUGACUGCAGAAAAAAUUACAACCAGAGCUCUGUUACACCGCAAGAUUUUGGAGCUCGAACUGCUCCGUCGCAUCUUUCAUCAUGGUAACUGGCACUGAGGAUGGAGCCACCAUGCAUGUAUGCUCAAAACAGGCGCACUCAAAAUCAAUAAUUGUCGAUAAGAUUUAUUAUUUCGUUUUCAUUUCCAUCUCUAUUAUAUAUUCUGUUUUGAGAUGAAAAUAUGAAAACAAACACAAAUUUUUAAUUUUUUGGUUACACAGAAAAACAAACAAAAUAUUGACUAGUUUUUUUGUUUUUCGUUUACUAGCUUGACUGGAAUAAUUGAAUAGACGGAUAAUACACAGACCCAAUGGUACUGCCCUCAGCUACUUCUUCACUUUUUUAUUCUCUUUCUUUUUUAACUGUUUAACUGUGGCGAUGUUACUUAGCAAAAACCUGUUGCUCGGCGUGUGUGCGUAUUCAGGUAAAAGUGGUUCUCCUUUUUUAUUAAGAUGCAGUGUAGUCACCAUUGUAGCUCACAAAAGCCCAGGAAGCUGCUACCAGUGCUCUUUAAAAUAAAAACACCAACAAGCAAAUACCUCGAACGUCCUUAGAGAGCUUCUUGAGUUAAUAAAAAACAGUAUGAUCAGUCACUGGCGUCCUCAGAAUUCCUUUCAACGCCCUGCUUGAUAAAUGUCAACCGCUCUUCAAGUGAACCAGGGUGAAUGAACCUCGAUUCGUCUCUCUGUGUUUCUCUUUCGCCUCAGAGUGAUCUAUGUUUUUCUUUUAGUCAUGCUCUUAUAUUCUCAUCCUUCCUCUCUUCUCUCUGGUGGACAAACUUUGUUCUUUCACGGCUGCUGCUAUCCCUCUUUGUCACCAGACUCCCCCCCUUGUGCUCUCUUCAUCUCUGUUUCUUCUUCUUCUUAAUCUUUUCUUUGCUCUCCAUCUACCACUGAGUUCAUCUUUCUCUCAUGCUGCUUAGUUCUUCCGCUGGGUUGUAUUCAUUUUUUACCCAUUUAUUUCGCUCAGUGUCUCCCCGCUCCUGUUUGUCAUUGAGUUUAGCUCCGUAUUGAUGUUGUCUCAGACAGCUUCGGUAUUUAGAGCUUGAUUAAGGAAACACGCUGUCCCUGCUGUGAUCUCUCGCUGUAGCACGUUGCACCCUGCACACUAGAAAGUCUGGAAACAACGGAUUUUGCAGCAGUAAAGUUAAGGCGCAUGUUUUUUUAAUUGUAAAACUAAUAUAGUUUACUCAUUGUUGUUGCUGAUUUUUCCUGUAAAAAUAAGAAAAAGCAUCAAGUUUCACUCUUUUCCGAGUUACAUUUCAAAACAAACCAGCUACUGGGCGACAUCAGUUUAAUUUCUGACACUUUAACUAUUAACAGCUCUGUUUAAUUCUGGUUUGAAGACACGUUAAAAAGAUGUUUAAACUUAAAAUCAAUGAAGAUGAAGAUGCAGCUGAGAGAACAGUGAAUUCAAUGUCUGUCCAGGGGCGUUUCUUGGACUAAAAGACAGAGGAGGCUGAGCCCAGAUCCCCCCUUUUCCCCCCGGAAGUAGACUAAAACUAUUUAGGGGAAAAAAUGACAAAAUUGUUACUAAAACUGAUGAAAAGGAAAUGUGGUCUUAAGGCUAAACAAAAGCUGCCAAAAUGAACACAUGAGAUUUUAAAAUUAGAGAUACUGAUUCUGAACCUUUAAAGCUCCUCUAAGGAAUUUUAAGUCAGCAUCAAUUUGCCGCAGAAGCAAAGUCCUUGAUUAUCUUGUACAUACAGUUGAAACCAGAAAAUUACAUACACUAUAUAAAAAGGCACAUAACCUUUUUUUUCUCACCGUCUAAAAUUAAGUCAGAUUAAACUUUUCCUGUUUUUGGUCUGUUAGGAUUUCCAAAAUUAUUUUUAUUUACUAAAUGCCAGAAUAAUGAGAGAGAGAAUUUUUUAGAGAAUUUUUUAUGACUUUCUCGAGAAUCAAAAAUUUACAUACACUAAGAUGACUAUGCCUUUAAACAAUUUUGGCAAAGUCCAGAACCUUUUGGACUUCCAGAACCAGAACCGUUUAUUGUCAACAUUUGAGUUAAUCAGAGGCACACCUGAAACACACUGCUUCUUUGUGUAGCAUCAUGGGAAAAAUAAAAAAAGAUCUAACAAGAUAUCAGGAAAAGAACUGUGGUUCAUCCUUGGGCGCUAUUUCCAGAUACCUGAAGGUGCCACUUCUAUCAGUUCAAACAGUUGUACGGAAGUUUGAACACCAUGGGACUUGUAAAUCAUGUAAAUGAUGAAAAGAUGUAACAGUGUUAGUCAUUAAAAUGUUGAUAAGUUCGGCAUUGUUAAUAUUUCACCAUCACCUUCAUGGCUAACCGAUAUAAGCUCUAAAUAUAGUUUUGUUGGAGGUGUAGUUCAUCUGUCCUGUCUAGUCUGUAACUUCUCUCUGUUUUUCACACUCGGUGACAGAAGUUUCUUUAAAGGCCAUACCUCUAAAAAAAAAGUAGGUUUUCAGAGUUACAAGGGUGCAAUGGAUCAUUUUGUGUCCUGCUCAUAGUAAUUCAUCUUAACCUGUCUUGUACUAUUAGAUUGUUGCUAUACCGCGCUGUAACCUGGGUUCUGUGUGGGAGACCGUUUCUUUGCCUUUGUCCUCUUCUUAUACUGUUGCAACACAGAAUUGUUUCCACACAACAAUAUUUUACAACAAAGAUAAGAUAUUUAGACUUGCCUCAGUUGUUUUUUUUUUUGCUCAGAACUUUUGUUUUUAACAAGUAGUUUCCAGACACAUCAUCAGGCAAAAGUGUAGUUUUGAAGGUGGUCCCACCUUGCUGUUAUGAGAAUGGGCAAAAUGUAAUGAUUUGCAGAAACGGAGAUGAAAGUUUGUCUUUCAGGCAGUCUCCUUGAAUGCAUUGGCAGUGCUGUGCCUGGGUGUAAACACAAAGAGUAACUGGCGGUGUAGUGGAGAAUAAAAAGUUUUGUAUUUUUCUGUUUUUCUUUUGGAAUAAAAAGAAGAGUUUGACAGAGAAGGUCAAACCUGCGCUGCAGAAUGUUAAAGCGCCGCAUGACAUCCUCGUCUCAUUGUCAGAUUUAGAAAAUUACUGACUGACAGACAGCCUCCAAGUUUCAAUGUCAGAUCUAAUGAGCUCUCUGUACAAAAUAUAAUGAUUUACUUCUUUAAUGUUUAUCUCCUAGGAGCAAGAAAUUUGAUUUGAACCCAGGAAGGAAACUUGGUUGAAUCACUUAAGAGAAGGUCCAGUUUUUGUCUGAAACCACCACAAAUCAGUCCUGCUGAGUGAUUUACAGCUCAGACUUGUCUCAUGUUGGUGUCCUUCAAAAUCAUCACAACCCACCACAGUCUCCUCCACUGUUGCCAUACUAUAAAACCCUGUUUCUCCAUUGAAAAUAAUAAAUGAUGAAUUACUGCAGUCCUUAAGUUUGGCACAAAAAGUUUGCAGAGGGACAAAAAAAAAGACAUCACCAUCUGAGCAAGUCCCGCAUAAUUCCCAUGUGACGUUUUGAGUAAGCCAUUCAGGGACACCUGCUGUCAUAUCCCUGGACUAAUCCAACACCCAAUUAUCUCACAGUUUGCAACUUUUCCCAUCGUCAGUAUAAACAUCUAAAACUUUGACUUAUUAGUAAAAUAUGGAGCAAACUUAGUGUAGAUAUUGGGUCCAAUGGGGUAAGACACAUCAGAUUAAAAAGGCCAAAAAGGUAAAUCAUACUGGCCUGAUUCUUGCGUUGUACGCCGAUAUUUUACCUUAAAGUUGCUGAAGGAAGGAAACUCUGUGUCAACCAAUCAAAUGGUUGUGAAUUCACAAUAAACAAAAUAUUGUUGGCGAACCAUUUUGAUGAGGAAUAUGAUGCCAGGUCAAAGAGUUGGGCACCAAAGUCUUUUACGAGUUUCUGAGCCGGCGCUAACGUGCAAUUUCUUACCUCACAAAUUCAAGCGUUUUCUCCACUCGUUAGAAACCAGGUUCCUGUCUGAGCCAAACCAUGAGGAGCCUGGAAUCAACCAGGAGUCAAAGAACUCUUCCUUCACCAAUUACGAGCCAAGAUACCAUCAAAACAAAAACAACCCAAGACUUCUUUUUUUGUAAUCCAAUUGGGACUGAGGAAAUCCCCUUUGAUACAAUUAGGUGUGAGGAAGCCAACAAGAACAAUGAGGGAGCCAGUAUGGAGCCAGGACCAAUAAGGUGCCAGCUUAUGUGGAACCAGAAGAACCAAUCAGAAGCUUGGAUAAUGUUAACCCAAUGAUGAUGAGCCAGAUAACUUGUCUACAACUCGAUAGCCAAUCAAGACCCAAAACUUUACUGAUGAGUGAUGUCUUUAAAUUCUUUUAUCACAUUUUUCAUCUUUUUGAAAAGUUUACAAAAUCUGUCUAAACUGCCAAACGCUCCACUGUGUUCCUCGAGUAGUAGCUAACUCUCACUGCCUCCCUGUUCGUUGCUUUUCAGUAAUGUUGCGGGUCAUAAAACACCGCCUUAUAGAGCAGUCCGAGUCCUGCCAACCAGUGCUUUCCCCUCCACUCUUUGAAACACUUUAUCACAAAGCUGCAUGAGCGGAAAUUCUUCUGGGAGCAAUAUAAGCUAGCUCUGCUCUCUUGACCUCUUUGUUCUUCUGUCUUUCCUCUUACGUUUUUGUGCCAUUAACCUGCUGUUAAUAUGAAGACGGUCUGAUCUUAGACCCCCUUUCUCCUGCUAUUCACCUUUAAUACUUCAUGCUCUUUCAGCUUAAAUUUGACAGAGGCGUUUUACUCAAAAGGGUAAUUUGACUUUUACAAUAGUUUUCCAAAAGACCAUUCUUCAUCUUUGUCUCAUCGCUCAUUCAAAGACCUCAGACAAGUUUUUUAAGCUCGUUUCUCGCUUAAUUCAUUGCUUUUACUUCUCGAAGCACUGCUGCUGAACCUCGAAUAAAGCUCCUCUACAUGGGUAUUUUUGUCCUUCUCCUUUUUCUGUCUUUAUUGUGAGUAAAUCAGCAGAUCGCGGUACAGUUGUAUUCUCCUCAGAGUUUAUAGUGUUGAUAUUUUACCUUGAAAAAGCCCCGCUCUGCAAUAUUCCUUUAAAAAUCAACUGUUAGGUGGCAGAGUGGCUCUGCUGACUUCCAAAAAUCCUCCAAACUGACUGUGGAGGAGAAUGCCGGUGUUGAAUAUUUAAUGCACAACAACAUUUUUCUCCACACUUUAGCUGUAGUUGUACGAAGUGCAAUAUGCUGCUGAGGAGAUUUUGCAAGGGGGCUCAGAGGAAAAGGCAGCGGUGAGUCAAGCAGAAGCCAUCAGGGAGGCUGCAGAGACAAACAGAGGAGGCAUGUCCACAGGGAAGGAGAUCGCUUUCUGUUUCCAUUUGGACAAUGGUUAUAAUCAAAGAUCCCAUUAAGAUGUGGCGUUAAAAUGGGGUCUUUAGCCAAAGGAGCGACUUGGAUAAUGAAAAAGCCAUGUUGAUGCAUCACGAUAACAUUUCCACCAGAUUUACCCAACGUAUCAGACCAAACUGCUUCGGUCCAGGACUGGUGAACUGGUUUCAGUGGGUGUAAAUGUUUUGUAUUCGUCAAACCCUCUGUAUAGUGUCUGCAGAAAGAAUCAGGAUAUUGGAAAAUCCUCUGUGGGUCGAUGUAUGAGCCCCUAAAUUACCUCAAUAGAGCUCAUUUUUGAAAUUGAAUGGGCUUCCUGAAUGAUUUAAGAGCGGGCUUUAUGGAAAUAAUGGAGCGCAAGUGCGGUAACAGGGAGCGAACGGGGUAACAAGCUCAAAACAAUAAACCUAGUCGCAGAAAAACAUAAUAGCAGAACUUAUAAAUGGAUGCCCAUGCAAAAGCCAAGUGAAUAGAGACAUAAGAGCUGAAUACGCACGGUAUGCAAGCAGUAAAUCAGGUAGUAAAUCUUAUGAAUGGAUGUUCAGGCACAUACAAACAGUGGUGUGCAUUUGAGUUUGCAUUCAUUUAAGAAACACGGGAUUGCUCGAGCAUCCUGAGAGAUCUUUCUGGUCGGGGUGGAUGGGGGAGGCUGUUCCUUAGGGUGGUAUAGACAUGUUAAGGGGGGUGCAACGCAAGAAUGGAAGAAUGGCAGGUCCACACGAAUGGUCAGUUUGACAAGCUGUACCUGAAGAAGAGUCCAUGUAGGGUAAGAACAAAGGACAACAUAUUUUAAGGAGCCUUAGGUGAAUAUAUGGAGAGCCCAUAUACGGGAAUACCAAAGCGUAACAUAUUUUGAGUGAUGUCAAAAAUGUGUACAAGGUUUUUUUGUUGAGGAUGGUUGUCGGAGGCCCCUGGCUCGAGGAAUCUAACACCAACGUAUCCAUGGUAUCUGAGUUACAUGGCUCCACCGCCCUAAAGGCUGAUGGGAUUGGCUUAAGAAAAUUCUCCUAACAGCUUCCAAGGUGACCCAUAUUAAACCAAACAACUCAAGAUAUACAAGUCCACAAAACUAAUCAUUUAUUAUAAACUCACCUCUUGCUGUGGCUGUAGCUGGCUGUUACUACAAUAUAACAUAAUGGUCUACUACCUGGAUGUAAACAAGCACAGAUGAAAGACAGCAUCUCGUAGUGUUGCCAUGAUUUUUCAGUAGUUUGAUUAAGAAAAUGGAGAUUCAGGCGUAAGUAGAGUGGAGCAGGUUAUACCACAUGACAGCGCCAGUACAUGGACAAAAGAGUGGUGAUGCUAGCUCUGCUAACAUUAGCCACAGACUCUGUGAUGUCCUUUUUAAGUUGUAUUUAACUCACGUUUGACUGUAUUCUGAGCAUUUUCAUACCUUUUAGUUUGAACAACAAGGUGUUUGUUGAGUAAUACUUCAAUUUUUGGAACUAAUGCUUUCAUUUUUCUUAGGAAAAGGAAAAGUCAAAAAAUGCUAUCAAGGUAGACAGGAUAUCAGCAUACUUUUCUUAGAAAACCACUUAAAGAGUGCAAAUUGACAGUUUGCCUUCUAUUUUAAAAUAGGGUGUUCCACAAGGCCCCAAUCUGGGUCCCGUAUUAUUUCAAAAUUUAAAUCAUUAACUGAGCAAAAGUUUUAUCUUAUAUUGAUGAUACUAUUUUCUCCUCCAGCUGCUUGCUAAAAAAGUGUGUAGAAAUCUGAAUAUUUAUUGAUAUCAAGCAUUAAAAUUUUAGAUCAGACCAUCAUCUGUGAAGAUACUGGGGCUUUCAAGGACAAGAAGUUCCCAUAGUCCCAUAGUAGUGAUUCUAAACAAGUCUAGUUCCAACUCUGUUCGGCUAAAUGCCUCUGGAUAUUACACACUAGACCUCUAAGAGAAAUUCAAGACUCAAACUUCAUGCUGGCCAGCUAGUGAGUGCAGCUUCACAUGUUUACCACGUAUGAUAUGAACCGUAAUUUUGUUCUCCUUGAACUCCUGAGAGGAAUCCCGCUGUCCAGCUGCCAAUUGAUUCAUUAUGUUCAUCACAAACUAGCCGCUAACUUCGAAUGUGUGCUGUUUGUUGCUGUGCAGGUAGUGUAGUGGCUUUAAUGAGAGCUUUUUACUCUGAAAACAGCUGCCUUCUGUUCCUGGAAAUGAAACUAUGAGAGGCUGACAGUGAACCCAAAACAGUAAUUUUGCGGGCCAUAAAACAGUGCCAGCUAGAGUGGUUUUAAGUGGCGCCAACCAGUGCUUUCCCCUCUGCUCCUGGAAACACUUCAUCACAGAGAACAGUGUAUAAACAUGGAUGCCUUUAGUCAUACUGAUAGAACCAUGAAAGAUAUACAGUAUUUAUACCCGUGCUGUUUGUGUGGAGAAACUCAAGUUGGCUCUUCUUGCUCGACUUCUUUCUACUUUUCUUUUUUCUGUAUUUUCCUGAAGUCAGUCUGCUUUUAAUGUAAUGAUAUUCUGAUCUCAUGCCUCUUAUUCCCCGCUUUUCAUCCUCUAUAACUCAACUUAAAUUUUGACAUCUGCUCUUAACUCAGAAAAAGGGGGUAAUUUGACACGUACAAUGGUUUUUGUUAAUGUCAUGGCAUUCUUCAUCUUCUGCCUCAUCAUUCUUCCCCAUCUUCUUCACUUCCCAUAAAGAAAAUCUGAAGUUUUAUUCGCUGCUCUUUCGAUUCAGUGCCUCUACUUCUCCUUGUUGCUUCCCAAACAGGAUAUUGAAUUAAUAGGAAGUCAUAACAAAUAUCCAUAAAGCUCUAAUAUGUUUUGAACAAUCCCUAUUGUAAUUCUAACCAACUGAAGUACCAAACAGUGUGCUGGGGUUGUCACUUUUUAUCCUAAAUUUGAACCUUCAUUGAGUUUUCAGGCAAAAAUUCAUAUUUGAACUGAUAUGAGUUUUCCCAAGACGCCUCAAAUAGUUUGCCAUAUGAUCCAGAAGAGGGCACUCUAACUUGGUCAAUCCAUACGCACUUUAAUUAAUACAGGAGGACCAUCACCAAUAAAACUGCAAAAUCCAACCAUAUCCGAACAUUUACACCUCUUGUUUCGAUGUUUUCCUUUAAAAACUGGCAGCCCAAGAAUGCACCAGGCAGCACUGCUUUAUCAUUUGAUGUUGUUGAGUGAACUCAUAGAAAUACGUUCAUAGUUAAAGUUCAAUACUAAUUUGUACAUGCAUCAGUCAGUCUCAGCAUGGGGCUGUUGUUCAGCCAGCCCUGCUUAUCAUACUGACAGGACCUGCUGUGUCGCACCAGGGAGGCUAGCUUAAGAUGCACCAAAAUUCUGGACUUUAAGGCUGUGUCUGAAUUGAAUAACUCAAUCCCUAACUCCUAACCCCCAUAUGGGGUCUCACUAUAUAGUUGACUAUGUAGUGAGCUCAAUCACCGGAGGUUUCAGACACAACAUGGCAAGACGCAAUGCAUGACGGGAUGCCCACCACCGGUGAGUGACCAUCAGAUGGUCACGACAUGUCGCUAUGCUCUGUGCGAAAUUUUAAGUCGCCUAUAUGGGGCAUUGGAAUUGAUCACUCAGAUUGAUCAACCCUAGCCUGGCUGGGCCAUCCAGCUGCGUGAAUCACUUGCCGUUCCUUCCCACAACAGUCUGGACUUCGGCCAAUUUGGAGCAUGUAUUAGAAAUCAGGAAAUAAUCAAGCCAAUCAGUGACUGUGUUUCCACUGUUCCCCGGACAACAGAGAAAGGCAGCCCCUGAUUGGUCCAUGUGUAGAUGGUGACGUCUAACACAUGCUGCGGGACUUUUCAAAGUGCUGUUAAUUCUGCAGUUGACUUUGCAAAGUCAUCAGAAAUCGUUGAUAUCCGCAGAAGAAGACGUAAAAGACAUUGUUUACUCGCUCACGUUGAAAUAUUACCAAACCUUUACUUGAUGCUUGAGAGCCCAGCAGGGAACACAGUUUCGCACUGUGAUGACGUCAGAUGUUUGGUUACGGUGAUUGGUUACAGUAGUCUGUCUAUCAAGGAAAGUACUCCCGCCCACUUUUAGGGCUCCCAAUUGGCCGAAGUCCAGACUGUGGUGGGAAGGAACGGCAAGUGAUUCAUGCAACUGGAUGGCCCAGCCAGGCUAGAUCAACACAGCCUAAAUGUGUAAAGAAACGAAUCAGUGUGCUAGCUGUCAAAGAAUUCCUUCGAAAAGUACCAGGUAAGAAGGAUGCAAAGUUUCAAACACAAUGCCCUUUUUCAGGCGUCCAACAUGUUGGAACAAUUGGCUGAACUAAAUGUCUGUUGGGUUGGUUGGUGUCUGACUUUAGUUUAGGAGAUCGAUCUGAUCUUUCUCCAAGAUGUAGCCAGUAUGCUUUCUGGACUUGGCCCUGCGUUCGGCCCUGUACACAAUUUAAUCGACGGUGUAUGAUCCCUUUAAUCUGUAUUAGAUGAUCAGCAGGAUCUUACUUUAUUCCCUGUAGCACCUCUUUCACUGUGAUGGUAUGGGUGUUGCCAAAUGUCUGCCCUCACUUGAUUAAAUUAAGCUGUCUCGAUCAGGAAGUCCGUCCAACAGAGUCACAGACUGUUUGAGGUAACAGUCGCACUAAAAGGAUUUAAAAAGUCACGUCCAAAUAAUUAAAGGAAAAUGCAUUCAUUGUUUGACUCUUCAGAGCCGAUCAAAUUUGACCUUUAUUGUGGAUUAAAUGAUUAAAUUAUUUCCUGUGGGAGAGAAUCUAAGUAAUUCAAAGUUGAAUGCACGGAUGAGAUGUUGUUUUCUAGCUGCUCAGACUUAAAUGUUUUCCUUCUUUCUGUUCAUUCUUCUGUCUUUCCUCUCUCCUGCUCAUAUUUGCUCUCCUGAAUAUAGACACACAUACAUGUAGGUGGUGCAGAUAUGGUAGUCAGACAUACCAGCUGUUUGACAAACACAGGUGUGAGGGGGUGAGCAGCACAGACCAAGCCUGCCAUCUACUGACAGAGACAGAGAAUAGUCUCAGCAGCCUCUGUUAGGCCUCAGCAAAGCUUUAAUGUCUGCUGUUGAAGUUUUAUCCUGAGAUGAGGACCUCUUUUUGAGAAUUUAUCAUAAAUAAGUGAGCAUCCUCUUAACUUAAAUAUGUUCUUUGCAUGUUUUGAUUCUUGAUAAAGUAUCAGAAAAUGUCAUUUCUACUUCCUGUUUGAUUUACCUGUCACCAGAAUUCACUGAAGAGACAUAUAAGACAUAAAAUUGGGCAAUCAGUAAGAGUCUAUAGAUAGAUGGAUUGAUCAGAUGACCAUGCAAUCCAACUAAUUAAAAGUAUUUUAUUUAAAAAAGGCAUAAUGUUUCAAUCAUCUUUUCUUAACUAAGCCUCAUUUUUUUCACUUCUAUAUUACAGGAUUUUAGAUUGAAAAUGGUUUCUAGGUUGAGUUUAGUAUUGGGGCUGCCACGAUGAUUUGAUUAAACGAUUAAAGGUCGACAAUCAAAAUGGUCAACAACUAUUUUAGUAAUCAACGUAAUUGUUUUUUUUAUGCUUUGUUUUUCCCCCGAAAGUGCCGCGGAACCCUCUCUCAUAGCCUUCGCUAAGUGUGCCUUGUCACCACCUGAUCCGAAAUCCGAAGACCUUUUUUUUUUUUUUUUUUUUUUUUUGUAGAUUUGUAAAAAUCUACAAUUUUUUUUCUACCAUCCUACAAAAAAGAUAUUGCAUCCCGGAGACCCGAUUUGAAGUGAAAUGUAUGUCACUUCCUCUACUAGCCGUCUUUGUGGCAGCUCAGCAAUACUUUACCCCUCGCAGUUUGUGACAGCUUCAGCAUCAGCAAGCUCGCUUCAGUCAGAAUGGUGGGGAAAAGUCCCGCCUCCUUCGCCUCCGAUUGUCUAGAAAAGCUGGAAACUUCAUCACACGCAAGGCAGACUUGGGAUGUCGGCUCUGUACAUCAGUUAGAAAAUUACAGAACAUUAUCGCACUUCUAAAUCUCCUAACCCUAAUCCUAAUCCUAACCAACCAAUCAAAGUCCAGCACUUCUAGCCAAUCAGAGGCGAAAGAGGACGGGACCUCCAUCCUACAAACAAACAAACAAAAAAACGCUCCCAAGACGGAUCGGGUCGCGAAAUGUCCUGGACGCACUUGCGCAGUAGAACUCAUGGAAGUCGGCGUCUGACGUCACGACAACUCAAUAACAAUGGCGAGCAGGACGCGUAGCUCCGGUGUUUGGGAGCGUUUUACCGAAAAUAUAGAGGGGAAGUCCGUGAAAUGCAAGAUCUGGGAGACACAGCUUGCGUUUCACGGCAGCACGGCUAACAUGUACUAGCACUGAAAAAGAAAACACGUCGGGUUGGCUGACGAAGAGGUCGCCGGAGAAGGACCGUCGCCUCGGGGAGCUAGUUGGCUAAUUAUCUGACGGACGAGACCCCUGUCAAUGGUAGAGGAUGAAGGCUGCAAAGGAAUGAAAAAGUAUUUGAUAUUUCUUUAGUUGUUGAUAGUUCUAAUAUAUUUUCUAAAUAAUUGUAGUCAUGUCGAUUAUCAGAUUAAUCGUUUGUGGCAGACCUGUUUAAUAUAAACUCUGUUAAACCUGUAACCCAUCUUAGAUAACUAUAUAUGUAAUGAAACUGCUUCUUAAUUUACUUUUUUAAAAAUUAAUUUUAACGUAAAUAUUUUUCUGUGUUGUCUUUUUUAACUGCGUGGAAAGAACAUUUUACUGUUUCUGUCUACAUUUAUUUUUUAUUCAAUGUUCCCUCUGCUUCAGUAAUUCUGUUUGUCAUUUGAUAGUUUUAUUUAUGUCUGAUAAUUUAUGAAACAUAAAAACAAAAUAGGGGGAAAAAAAACAAUAACAUGAUAUCAUCUUUGUACACUGGCUGUUACCGUAUUUUGUUACCGAAACACCCUGUAGAAAAACAGAUACUGUUUGGAGUUUUGGGUAAUGUGUUCAGCAGGGAAAAUUACCCACUGUGAUUAGAGGGGGAAAGGCAAUUUCCUGAUUUCCUGUUUAGAAUAAUGAUAAUUUUUCUAACCGUAUCCAGACACUAAUAUUACUUUAUUUACAUGGAGAUUAAAGAUACAACUAUUGCGAGUCCAGAUGGAACAGCAUGGUGCUGGAGGAUGGAGUGGUACCGUUCCUUCUUGAUGAACAAAUCUUCUACUCCAUCACCUGCAAAACAUCUCCAUACCAUGGAACUACCACCUCCAUGCUUAAUUGUGGGUGUAACACAUGGUGCGUUUUUAGACGUUCACCAGUGCAACCUGUUUUUGCUCAUUUAAGGACAAAACAGAUGAACUCAAGAUCAAACUUCUUCACUUGUUUCUCAGUUCUUGCAGCUCCAGUUCGAUCAGGUUUAUUCAUCAGAGAACUCGACCUUCUCCUCGUCCAUGUUUACUAACCCCUCCUCCAUACCUCUGUGUUUUUGCAGUUAUCAUCUCUCGGAGCCAAAAGCUGAAGAUAUACAGCAGAACCUUCAUCUUCUCCGCCUCAGUCUGCACAGGGGGUUCCUGAGCUGUGUCACCAGUGAACUCAAAGGAGGAGAGGGGGAAUCUAAGACUCGAUGAGUCCGGGUGACAUCAAGGUGAGAAGAUGUUUUAUUCAUCCACACAAAGCUCCUGAAUUCACUCAAAUCAAAUUCCCCCACCUUUGUGUGAGAGAUCAAACUCCAGGUUUGACACGUAUCGAAAUGAUUGGAUUUUUUUAACUUAUAAAGGGCAGGAGAAAGUUUUGUGUCAGGAGAGGACAGGGUGAUGUUUUCCAGAGAAAGUUUCAUAAAAAUAAAAAUACUUUUGUGGUAAAAAAUGUGAUUUCCAUCGCCCAAAACCUGCUUUUUAUUCUCCUCUAUUUCACUGCAGCAUUGUGUCUUGACGAGACAGCUGCUCGCACAUUCAUGUGACCUUGGCUCCCUGCUGAUUCACUUGUUUUGUUGCAAAGCUUUCAUCCUUCUUUUCUCCUUUCCUCUCAGAUUUUUUCUCCACUCCUCCUCCAUCCAACUCUGAUCUGCUGCUACCAAAGAAAUUUAAACACCCUCUCCGUGUUUGAAAGCAGAGAUGCGCUGAUUAAUCUGGCUAAGAUUGAACCAAUCAGCGUUGACUUGAUGCCUGCGCUCCUGAGGUGGGUGAGAGGAAAUGUCUGCAAGCACUACAGUCAACCACGUCACUCAGUACAUUUACAGACACAGUUAACUGCAAUCAUAGUUGAGGAUUUCAGGGGAGGGGGGGGCAACCUAGCUGUUCCCUGAAUCCCCUUCUGACACCAGCAGCUCCAGCAGCAGUUUGUUUUCACGCCCAGCGUUGUCUGAUCAUGUGAAGAUCCUCAUUAGCUGAACACAAAAACAACACAACUUGUGUUUUGAGUGGUUCAUUUUGACAACAGGUGAUCUGUGUAUGGACAACACCUCUUAAUGAUGAUCCAAAGUAAACUCGAUGAAACUACAUUCUAAACAAACUAGUUCACAACACUGUUAACACUAAAAACAAAGUCGAACCUGUUUCAGCUGUGUUUUUUUCCUCUUGUGUUGCAUUUCCUGACCAGCAGAGGGCGGCAUUAAACAGCUGCUGCUUUGUAAUGGUGUUAUUGUUCAUUAAACACACUGCAGGCUGAACAGUGACUUUGGGGGGCAAUGAAAUUGAGCAUAUCUGCCAUAAAAAUACAGAACAGAGAACAGUUAUAAUGAUCUGUGUCUUCUAAACAUUAAAAAGACCGAGAGAGGACAGAAGGACAGACACAGUUUUAACUCUCUUGAGUGAAAAAACUGAACCUCCUGUCAACAAAGCAGUCUUAUCUUUUCUUCUACAUACUAAGGUUGUGUCCUGCUGACCGCAAAUCAGAAAACCCAGAGGAUCCUUGUGCCAUCCUGUACGAUGACGAGCAGAAGUCUGACAUCAGCGCUCGGUUGCGGGCCCAAAGGUGAGAUCGGGGGGUGUAUUGCUUGGGUCGGCUUCGAGCUCAGUGAGUAUGUGCUGGGGAGGGAGACAAGUUUUUUUUUUUUU